UUUGGGGUUAAGAUUUAGAGAACAGUAUUUACUAUCUCAAUCAUUGUACUGAGUGUUUCUUGUACUUUAUAAAGACCCUUUAUAUUCAAACCUCCUGUGAGGUGGUUUCAGCUGGUUAUGCAACAGACUGAGAUGAAUACUAUCACCUCUUUAUGACCUACAAAAGCAAACAAGACCAUCUGUGAGAAGACUGAUUAUUUUUUCAUACAGUAAUUUCUGUCACUUCUGUCAUGGGGUGGGUUCAAAAUGAGGAGGUAAGAAGCAUGUUGCCAAACAAUCCUGUCUAAGAAUUUACCAUGUCAAAGAUUCAUGUGUGGAUAAGAUCAGCAAAGAGAUAAAUUGUAGCCAAAACAGCCACAAACGAAAGUUCCAUCUCAGGAGCUUAAAGACACUUGUAAAUGUAAUUGAGAAACAAGGCACUUUAAAAUGUAUUACCCUGUAUCAUGCAGAUAAAAAAAACAACAGCAUCCCAUUGGCUUUUGAAUACAAUACCAAGCUUUGAGUGGACUUUGCUUCAAGCAUGCUAAUAAUGUGACUGUGAACUUGAAUUCCAGCCUCGGGUUAAUGAUUUUCUCUUUAUGAGAUAAUGAAAAUGUUAGAAUGGGAACGGUCACAUUUAAUUUCAACAGCCUGUUAACAGUAUCAAUAUUACACAGUGGCCACUGACACCUCAGCAGUCAUCAGCUUUAAUCUGGACACUUUUACAAACUGACCAAAACCAAAACGCUUGUAGUUUCAUUAGGAAUUCUUUCAUGACAAAUAAAAGGCCCUUUGAUUCAUAAAAAUAAAGAGUUAUCAUCUGAUGCAUGCAUAAAACCAGAAAUGUUGCAUGGUGUGGCCAUGAGCCUCAUUAUUGGGUGUGUCAUGUUUUGGACGUUCAAAGGUAUGAAAGGUGCAUAGCACAGAGAGGUGUGACGAUGUGAUACUGAAGUGAACCCCUCCUAUCAUGAUGACAGCAGGAAAGGAAUGCAGACUACACUGCUGUGAUAAACUAGUGGGCUAGGUGCCAACAGGUCAGGACAAUUUUUUUAAUAGAAAGCUAUUGCUGAAUCAAGCAGUGCAACUUAGUCUAACUCCAGCAAAGACACGCAGUAGAAAUCAAUGGGCUCAAAUCCUUUGGAUAAGUUCUCAGAUAAUUCAGAUGACUAAAAUUACAAACAGUAUGAGCACUAUGGAAUCUUAUAGAUUAAAAGUAGUGAAAAGCUGUUGUGUUAUGUCCUCAGGUAAAAUGCAACCCUCUGUAGUCUUCUCUUGUUGUGAUGGUUACAUUAUUAUGUGAAUGACUAACACUGGGUGGCGCAACUGCUUCAGUGACAAUUCUGGUUGUACAACUCCGUUAAAAUAAAUAAUUUUAGGCUAACAAGUCGCCCAAGGCAAUGCACGUCCUGAUCAUGUUCUGCUCAGUUGCAGCAGCAAAAAAUGAGUGUAACCUGUUCUGUGACUGAAUAUUCAAAUCAAGAAAAGGGACUGAAAAUGGUGUUUUUCAUACCUGCGCAGGAAUGCAAACUGAUUCAGCUCUGAAUUAUGACUGAUACACGUAAACUGAAGUGUAUUAAGAGGUUCUGUUUUGAUCCUGUUGAAACUGUUUUCCCCAAGUUCAGUUUGUGAAUGUGUGAAUUUUAACAGCUCUCCAGCUCUGUUCAAUUUAUGUUUGUGACACCAAUGCCUGACCCUUGGCUUCAUCUUGGCCUAUAUACGCCCUCCCUUCCUCCUCGCUCCAAGGGCAGAGAUGAGACAUCCAAAGAGUUAACCAGCAGCCUCUGGACACAUCCUUAGGUCACACAAUCCAACACUGAAUGACGCUCUCUCUUUAACCUUGUUAGGUCAUCUGCAAACCUGCUGUCUACAGCGUUUUAAAAUGCUCUUUAAAGCUUUAUGCCUCAUUACUGAAAAGCAAAAUCCUUAAGGGACAAUUCCUUUUGAAAAUAUGAACAAAUUCCUCCGUAAGGAGUCACUUGUCAUCCCUUAUACAUGCUGGCACACUAAUACUGCGCAUGAUAAUCUCUGAGCUUCCUGGGUUGCUAUGAGAAGAGACUGGGAACCUACCCCUCUCUUUUCAUUGGAUCAUUGCAAUGCCUCGCAGCCAAUAAAGCAACACUCAGCCCUGUGUACAUCUCUUACUCUAUUUUCUCUCUCUCCCUCAGCAAAUGUGUAUAUAAAUCAAUAUGCACUGACAGCAUCCUUCUAUAAGUAUGACAUUAAUUUAACAAAAUUUCAUGCUAAAGACAUUUGCGUUUUGUCAGAAAUACUAAGGGGUAUUUAAUAAAAAUUUCUCAAAUAAAAAGGUAUUUCUUGCACACGUUCUUUUUGCCUUGCAGUGUUUUUUUUUGGCCCAUACUGCAUCCUGAUUGACAAAUAAAUAUAACCACUGUGCUUCUUAGUGACUUCUGCAUCCCCUACACCCUCCUGUGGGCGCUGUCACGAGAUAUCAAGAAAUAAAACCUGCAUUUUGCAUCAUGAAAGAAUUUAAGUAAUCCGAUUCAAUUUGAUUUCCAAGUAAUAAUAGAUGAAGGUGUAUCUGUUGUCCAAUCAAGAGUGAAUUUUGAAUUUCCCUCUAUCUAUCUAUCUAUCUAUCUAUCUAUCUAUCUAUCUAUCUAUCUAUCUAUCUAUCUAUCUAUCUAUCUAUCUAAUAUAUUCAGAAAUUUCUCAAAAAAUUGCAUCAUUUGCUGCUGGAAGGUAGAGUAAUGUAGGCCUUGAACAGGGCCUGCACAGUGAAGAAGACUGGGUUACCAGUUACCAAUGGAUGUCUGCUAUCCUUGUGCAAAUUUCUGACCUCUUUGAGAUCACACAAGAUUUCACAGUUACACUGUGGUCUUUCGGGGGAAAAGGGGACAAUAGUAACACUGAACAGAAUGCCUGCUGCUCUUUUUAAAUCUAUAGUGAGAGGACUGGAAAUGAUAGAAGCAAGGGGAAUGAUAGUAAAGGAGAAAAUCAUAGUGUAAACACACUGAAGCAAAUUGUUUAUUGGCAAAUUAGAGCUGUAGGGUUUCAAUUGCUUUAAAGGUAGGCUAUGUCAGUUUGCCAGUUUCCGAUCAAACUGGGAGGGGCCCUGGACUGACAUCUGCAAAUUAAAUGUCCAAAUUCCAACUGAGCACAGUCUGCAGAGUAGCCUCAUGGCUCCAUCUGACAUCCAUUGUGCAUUUUUCAUUUGUCUAUACUUGUUUUCAAAUAAACAAUACAUAAAAAUAAUGCAUACAGGAAAGAUAAUAACUGAAAUAAGUCAAUGAUAGCAUCGCCCUGUUUUAGUGGUAUGAAAAUAUCCCGGCAUGCUAGCGACGCAAGACUCCGCUAGGGAGGGGAGGGAUGAUGGAGCUAAGAUGGCAGCCCAACUGAGGGUGCUGCCUCUCUGGGGUCAAGAAAUAUUCCAGGAACGAAUAAAAACGAAACACGACAAGGCUGAUUUUGGAAAUUAAUGCUGCCGGUUUUGCUGUUUCUCGAGGCUCUUUGCUAUGGCUUGAGAAAAUACAUUUUCGGGAAACGAGCACCGUGUUGACGCCGUGGCCCCGGAUCGGAAGACAGUAGUUGCACCACCAGAUACAGGCUACAAUUUGCGCUUCUCACAACCGGUGACCGUGGAUGCUAAUUGUGGUAUUUCUGCAACUUGGAAUGAUCGAAUGAUGUGACAUUUGGUGGAUUUAAUGACAAAUGGAUUGCACCUGAUGGCUAGAUAUUAUCUAGCUGUUAUAUCUUUUGUGUGAUAUAUGCAUUGUUCUCCAAAACGAUGAUGUGUGCUGCUGCGGCAGCGGCUGCCGGUGGAGGGAUUCUCCCCAACUCAUCGCCGUCGAUGGGGCUGGGUGUCAGGGUCAUAUCUGGAGCCGGAGCCGAUCUCUCUACCAUCGGGUCGGGAAUGGGUUCUUGUCCGACACCUGGAGCCCAGUCGGACUGUCGGACUCGGUACCAGCUUUUACUCUCAGGGCGAGCUCUGGCCGAAAGAUACAGGCGGAUUUAUACCACAGCUAUCAAUGAUAAAGAGCAGGGGAUAAAUCAAGGAAGGUGAGUGAAAGCUAACGUGAAAAUCCACAUCUGAUAUCAUAGGAGCUGGUCUGUCAUUUGUGUGGCUAACUGAGCUAACGACCGUGUGCUAACUUUAACCCUUACAUAGCGGGACGUCAGUUAACAUAACCUACACCUGUGUUAUUUUAGAUUACGCUAACCAACGCUAGAAAGACGUUUUAUUAUAAUUCACUAUCUUUAAAUCAUUAAACAUGCAAGGGACUCCAGGAUUUUGGUGCAUUCUCUUGCGGGGGUCAGUCUGUUAUAUAGCAUAUUGGCUCUGACUUCCCUAGCUUACCACAGCCUGCUAAGCUAAGCUGCUACUUCACCCUUACGGGAGAGGUUUGCCCUAUGGUGGCUGUAGACAUUGGGUUUUUUGUGAAAUAUUGGCACAAUUUCAACUCCAAUAAAUACCCCAACUGCAGGACGUAGAAAUUAAAAAUAAAACCCUUCGGUUAAUUUCACAAACAAGCUAGCUUGCUAAAUGUCAUGACAGCAGUCCGGUUAGUCAAAUUGAUAUUAGCAGCAGCUCAACGUAAACAAACGUACUGCUCCUGUAAUACAUGAGAUAAUGUCACACAUUUAUAAACAGCAACUGCAUGUGUUGUCAUCGUUUUUUGUGUUACUUUGUCAUUUAAUGUAAUUUAAUGAAGCGAGCUGUGUGUGUAUUUAGGCCCAACGGCGUCACUGUUUCGUUUCGCUAGCUAACGUUAACUGACGUUGAGGAGCAUCAGCCCUUCCCAGGUUAUCUGAACGUUUACUCGUGACUUUAUUGUGUUUUUACAAACAUUCACGGCCAGUAAUAACGCGUUUUAAUCAACACAAUGCAUUGCAACUCUUAAGAAAAGCUGCUUAAAUAUUACACGUGUUAAUAAGUGAGGGUGUGUGUGAGUGUGUUUGUAGGUGGAUGAACUCAUUUGCUUUUCUGGCAUAAGCGGGUAAUACGCUGACGUCAUUGUAGUCAGUCUGUCAGGUUGUGGACUGAGUGGCUUGAUCAUUGCAGCAUCCCCCCCCCCCCAGACCUUUAGUUGUUUUUCUCAGCGCCCCCCCAUAUACAGUUUCUCCUUUAAGCCUGCUUAUUGUGAAGUGUUGCUAUGAAUGUCCUCAAAUGUCCAGUGUUUUCAUGCCUCCUGUGAGAAAGGAAAGAAAUUCAGUUUCAACUUCAGUCUCUUCAAAUAUGUCAUGUCAGGUUAAUCUAUCAUCUGAUCUAACAUACUAGGCUUUGUACAGAAGAUGUAGUUGCAAAUUUGUUAAAACAACUUGAUUUCUGAUUUCCUCUAUGUGUUGCUGCAUUCUCUGAUAUAUUUUGAUACCUGACUCUGACCAGUCCUAACAUCAUAUUUGUAUUUAUUAUUAAAGAUGUAGUAAGUGAUGGUGGUGUACUGGAGUGUAUUGUAAUUAAAGGUGAUCUCAAUAUGUUUUCUGCAUAAUCAAUAAUUUAUGGGAGCAAAACAAUAGGAAUACCUUUCAAAAUAUUGUGCUGCAGUACCCAACCAAUGCCCACUCCAACCUUUGAAAUUAUUUUAACAAACCAUUAUUACCUGUAUUGAACACGUCAACAAAAAUAAGAAGUGUAAAAGCUAGUAAAAACUGAUUUGCUGGGAGAGCUGUUUUUAUCCUGUUGUCCAGGUGUUUGUAAUGUUUUCGCUGGUGUUAUACUAGUGUUGUCAUACCUCCUGAAUGCCUGAUUUGUGCAAGUUUGAGAGAAAAGGCAAUCAUUUAUAAUCUUAGCCUGCUUUUCACAGAUGCCACAAAGCGCUUAACAGGUAAUAAUAAUAAUAUAAUACUGGUACUACUGUAAAAUGAAAUACUAUAGAAAAAACACUAACAUCAAGAAAAGUGCCAUGGCCACGUCAAAGGGAUCAACCCAGCCCCUUACUGUUCACUCUUUCAGAAUUUGUGGCGUCUCUUGUUUGUUGACAAGCUUCUAGAUGUCAAUUUCCAGAGGCCACCUGGUAAAAUAAAAAACUGAAUACUCCAAUCUGUUCAAAUCCCAGCACAAACAGCUCACCUACAGUAACAACCACAUAGUAUACAAAGGAAAGGUGAAGCAUUUGAAAAAGAGGAGUUAUCUCAGCUUGUUUACUUCAAACAAACAGUACAUUACAAAUAGAUUCAUUUUUUUAUCUUCACUGACUGCAAAGUUUUCUUAUUCAUGUCCUGUUUCUGUUUUUAGUAGUAGAUCUAUUUUAGUCCCCAGGACUGUCUAGUCAUUGACAGCCUGAUUUGAAAGUAAAAUCUAUCUUGAAAAGCCAAUAAAACAGAUUUCAAGGAGAUUUCAACAGCAGCAAGGGGAAAGUCUGCAAAACCAGACUACGGCCUGUUUUUGCUGCUUUGUCAGAAUGAGUAACACUGAAUCUGGUGACAACUGCUACACCCCUGGCAGUUAAGUAGGAUGUACUGCACUUCAAAAGACAUGUACUUUGCCAGCUGCAUAAGAUGAGGCCUUACUCUGCAAGUGAAAAAUUGAAAUCCAGAUUACCAUUAAAUUCCACUGGAAUUAAUUUCACAAUGCUAACAGCUAUACUAAACUAAUUAAAGGAUUAAUGGCGUGUUUUGUACGACAUCAUGAGACCUAGAGGAGAAAGUGUUGUUGACAGGGAGCUUUACCUUUCCCUCAUGUCACUUAAUCCUUUUUAGGAAAUAUAUACUACAAUGACACACAAUAUCGUUCAUGACAUGUAUAUGAUUGACUUAAACCAUCUGUAGAUUCAUGUUUUCCAUUGCUGAGUGAUCACUCUCUGCUUUCAGGGGAAAGAAGGCUUUGAGUAAGAAGAAAUUGAAGAGGCGACAGAAGGUCAAGUCAAAAGUGAAGUCAAGAACAAAGGUAAGAGAUCAAGUGUAACUCAAUAUCACAGUCUUGUGUAAUGCAACUAUUGCUGACUGUGUAUUUGAAUACAAGUAACUGACAUUUACGGAUUAUAAAAUCCUUGUAGAAUGGUUGUUUCUCCAGCAAAUAUGAUAUGAUAACUAAGAGAUCUUGACAACUAAGAUCUUGAAACCUAGUUGUCAAGAUCUCUUUAUGGUUACAGUUUACACAACACCUCACAAUGUAAAUGUUGCUGUGUUGAAUUAGUGUGACAAACUUAUGCCUAACAUUGCCAAGACGGCAGUAAUAAAUGUCUACAUGUGUUUCUCCAUACGUACAUCCCUGGGAACAGCAUGAAUUAAAGUUUAAAUGAGCAUCUGUCAAAGCCUUAUGUAUCUACUGCUGGGAAUACAUUAAGGCUGCAACAACGAAUCGAUUAAGUCGAUUCGUCGUGACGAAAAAAUUCGUUGCCAACUAAUUCUGUAAUCGAUUCGUCGGGUCUUUAUAUAUGUCCAUGGACACCGGCGUGUAAACAUCAGCAGGACGCACAGAAGAGAAACAGCCAUGGCCGAGGCAGCGGCUGAGAAAAACAUGGACAUAACCCAACCCAAAUCCCGACCUAAAACAUCAGUGGUGUGGGAAAACUUUACCAAGACUGAAAAGGAAGGUGUUCAGUGCAACAUUUGCAAAGCCCGUUUUGCAUGGCACAGGUGUACAUCGAUGAUGCGUGAGCACAGGGCUCUCAAGUCUCACGCAUUCAGCGUGUGACACACGCAUUCCCACUCGUUCACACGCUCACACACCACACAUUGUAUUUCUCACGCAUUUAAAUGAACAUGGUGAUGUCCACCAAGUUGCACUUCUUUAACUAUGGAACAGGUGGAAAUCAACUGAGUUUCUCCGAGAGUUCAGAAGCUGCGUGCCACGCGCAAGCCAAUCAAAUAAAGUAUAUCUACUGAACAGCCAAUCAAAAAGCAGCAUUGCUGUAUCCGGGUAGAUUUUGUUAUCUUGCGGUUUGACUACAGAAGUAGACAGACACUCGCCGAAAUAGAGCAGGUUUUUAUAAGGACGAGAAAGACCCGAUGAUUACAGUAAGUCAGUAACCUACACAUGCAGAGACCUCAACACCUCGUGGCAGAUAAACUCAUAUGAUAAACUAAAGCCCUAUGCUAUUGCUAUUAACAGCUGCAUUGAUGAAUUUAGCCUGUUUAUCCGAUUAAUCGAUUAGUUAUUAAAAUAGUCGGCAGAUUAAUCGAUUAUCAAAAUGAUCGUUAGUUGCAGCCCUAGAAUACAUUGGCAGCACAGUGAACUGUCAAACUCCAGAAUAUGCAGAUAUGCUUCUUUUUCUGUUAAAGAACUUAGAUUGAACUGCUGAUGGGCAGUAAGUCCUUAGACCGAGACAAAGUUCCUUUGAGCAUUAGAUGUGUCAGUUUUGAAAAUCACGCUCAACAGGAGAUUUAGGACUUUAUUUGGGUUGAAAAUGGCAAAUUGCCGAAAAAUAGAGGCAGCUGGCUUUCGUUUACUAAUAUUAUCUAUGUUUUCAAUUUUUUAAAUAAAACUCCUAUCCUAAAUAAAAUACCAGAGUGUGAGAAAUACAGGACUUACUGUGAAUUAGGAGGUAUUUGAAUCUGGUGUCUGUUGUGGAGCAAAUUCUGCCCUUAAAAAUCAUAAUGGAAUCAAAUAGUGAGGUAUUGAAAGGUCACACCCCCUGUGUGCAUUAAUAAAUCCUUUCCAGUUAUUUGACUCUUAUCUGAAUCAAUGCAACAGAUUGAGGAUUAGGUUGAAGAAAGGUCUAGAUUAUCUGCCAUCUUGAAGGUGGUUGGCAGCGACACGAUUUUAAGCGGAGCUGGCCAGGUGCCACGAAGCCUGGUCCGUGCAUGAGAGGUGGUGAGGCAAAAACAAAGCCACAUGGGAGUGGCUCUGGCGUGUGCAUGAUGGCCUGUUGCCGAGCGACCUAAUGUGUUCACCAUCUCCACGGCAACAGUUGCCUGCCUCCAUCUCCUUCAUCCAAAGAGGGAACCUUGUCUGUACCAGUAGAUGGAUGUGGUUGUGAUUUUGCUCCUCCUGUGGACCUCGCAUGAACAUCACAACAGGUGUAGACAUCAGAUAUAAUCCACUCAGAUAACCAUGACUCAUUUUCUUGCUGUUUUUUUCUCAAAGUGAGAGAGUCUACUGCUUUGUGGCAAGUCUGUAGUAUUGUUAGUCAUUGUCUGGAUUUAAUAUUAUCACACAUAUUUUCCUAAGCAACUAAGGCUGUGCCGUAAAUUGCAAUUUCUGUUAUUGUUGCUGUACAAACACAUUGCGAAAGUCUAAUUGUCCCAAUAUGUGUGGAAAGUGUUGUAUGUAAACAAGCAAUUCUUUCUCACUCAGGAUUAUGUUCAUUUUAUCUGCUGGAUCGAGGUCUGGGCGUAGUAGUGAUGCAUAUUUCUCUCUCAGAUGGAGCUCUAUAUUGCUAUCUACUACCCUCAGAUUGAUUCAAUGAUGGAAAAAAGAUGCUUUUUGGGUAUGUAAAGAUAACUGUUGCAAUCAUGGGUGUUGGAACAAAAAUACAUCAGAUUAAUACAGAAAUUGUGAGUUACAGCUAGUUUUCAUUCUCAUCUCGUGUCUAUUAUUUUGCUCCAUGACAUUGCCACAGUCAUAUUUCUGUCGUUUUGUUCAGGCCUAUUGGCAAGCAAAGUCAAGAGAGGCUAACGUGAUAGAGAGAACAGAGGCUGUAGUGGUUUUUGCAUCCUUCAUCUAAAAACUAUGCAAGACAGAAAAUUCUCUGUCGAGUGGAUGAGUCAGUUCGGAUCCCUUCAGGUUCACUUGCUCUGUGAGUUGAAUUCCUGGAUCAGCACAAGAUAGAGUCUGAAAAUGAAGUGGUCGGCAGUCGGCAAAGGCAAAGGCUGGCUGGUAGAAACCCGUGGGUAGCUGCACGAGCAGUCAUGCUGUAUUUGUGUGUAUUUGUGCUCACUCUUGCACUGUCACGCCUCUCACACUGACACAGUCAGACUACAGUGUUGUUUUGAAAAUGCCUCUUCUCCCUCUUUGUCUGCCUGUGCUUACAAACGUGAAAGUGGAGUCAGAACAAGAGACAGAGCAUAAACACCUAUCACUCUAAUGAAGAGGUUGAUGCGAUGUCUUCUUGUGAACCAGCAGAUGUGUGAUGGGUCUUUUUUAAGAACUAUAAUUUGAUUAGGAAGGUGGCUUGCAGAGCUCAGAGAUCUGCCGAAGCGAGUCGUCCAGUUUUUUAUGAUUUAGAUGUAUUUUCAAAUCUGAGAAAUAUGCUCGCACUCGGCUGGAGCCCAUCUUCUUGGCUGGAGAUAUUUUACUUAUGGAAAUGCUUAAGUGAAAAGCUGAAAAAAAUGUGAAAAUGCUGUAUAUUGCAUAUAUCCAUUUAAAGUUUGCUAUGAAAAGGUCUUUACAAGGGAUAACACCUCACAGCAAAGGUAUUUCCAUUGGUUCCUGAGUUAAAUGCACCAUUAUUUUCAGCUUGUUCUAGAGUGUGUGUAAAUUUUCAUCCACUAUAACGACUUUUUCUUGAUUAUUAUUCCUUUCCAGUGUUAAAUUUUCCUCCACUCUAAAAUUGCUUUUUCAUGACUUGUAUUUGGCCCACAGUCUCUAAAUAAUCAAUGACUUAUAUGCUGCUCCAUGACCCCUCCUCCCAUUACCAAGCUCCAUAAGAUAAGACAAGUAGUUUUUCAGUAAAGAUGAAUGAAACAAUGGCACACCCUAAGCAAGUUACCACAGUAACUCUAUGAUAGGAUAUGCGCCAUAAAAUAACAUAAUGACAUUUACAGCAUGUCAUCCUUUUUAACAUCUAAGAUAAUAAUGUUAAAAACCUUCCUGAAAGCUAAAAGGAUUAGCUUAGAACUCUGACAAAAAUCUGUCUCCUCAGGCACAAACAUGCAGCAAAAGUCAAAAUCAUGAUUAUUUUGGUCAGUAGACCAUAUUUAUUUUGCACCAUUACUCCCUCAUCUUUGCUUGAGCUGAAGCAAACAUGUCAAAGCCUGGCUGAAACCAACUCUGCAUUUCCAGCAAUGCAGACAGAUGGUAGUCUACAAACCAGAUCUCAUUUUGGUGGCGGAAAGUGGGAUGGGGAAAUUGGGUGAGGCCACUGGAGAAUUUCAAAAACGCCUAACUUUGAUGGCAUUGCCUUUAAAUUUAAAAUAUUUUCACAUUUUGCCAAAACAGACAGACAGGCAGGCAGUCUGGAAAACUGGGCGCCAGUAGCUUCACCAUUUUGCCAGAUAGUUGGACCGUGAAAUUCAAAAAAGGUAUUUGAUUUCUUGCCGAGCCUUAUGUUGGAUGGUGCAAAAAAAAAAAAAAAAAGAACCUCAGUGGUUCAUUCCAUAAAACAUACUCCAAUUUUGGGGUUGUUUCUGAAUGUAUUUUAUGGAUAAAAAAUAAUUUGGUUCUGAUUACUGAAAAGUUUGACACAUCUCUUGAGUUAUAUUUGUGCUCCCUUUCCAAACAAAAAUGACAGACUGUAGUUAUUAAAAUAAAAAAUCAAAAAGAUAUUUGAUCCAGUAUCAAGGUCCUUACACACCGGGAAUGAUGCCAAUAUACGACGCGAAAUCACGAAAUAUUGGGAGGCGAAUUUUGACGUGCCUGACUAUACAUAUCAAGCGCAAUGCGAUUUGGCGACUUUCCAGGGGGAAAAAGACGUGUCUCAGGUGGAAACGAGAAGAUUGACACAACAGCAGACUGAGUGUUUUUCAGUUCUGAUUAGACACUAGUGUUGAGAUGGCUGUCUGUCAUGAUGGUACUGAUGUACUGAGUCGGGGCCAGUACCAGAUAAGCACAUUAAACUAUAAUUAAGGUAACAACUGAGACCUAACAGUGCUGUAACAGCAACGCGGUUGAGUUUGAGACAGUGAAAAUACAUAUGGUAUGCUGUAUCUGAACAGGUUAGCUUACGAGCUAAAGUUACUUAGCACAGACGAAAGUUAAAACAAAGACGUUUAGCAAACUGUUAAAGCAUAAAAACUAUCGUCAUAUGAGGAAUCCAACAUUAUGACUCUCUGCAAGUUGUCCUUCAGGUCGAUAUCUCUGUAAUAUUUGUGUCUUUUAUCAAAAAGCACUCUGUUCUCUGACACGUAAACAAUCAGCCAGUCGGCCUUGUUGGGUAUACCGGCGAAUCUGACGUUGCAAUGACACGCAAUCAGUCAGAAGUGGACACACAGUAUGCGAAACUUUAGAAAAAUCAACUGUGACACAAAUAAAUACAUGCCGCAAUAGCGCAGGACGGGAAAAUGCCGCUGAUAUGAACGCUUGUAUUGACAGGAUACGGGUUCGAAAAAAAUGAUUGACGUCCGAAAUAAUUUCACGAAAAAAACGCUCCCGGUGUGAAAGACCCUUCAGGGAGGUCUUAGAUGAUUUCUAUUUGUAACCCCUGUAGGUCUUUUUUUUUUUUUUUUUUACAUUUUGUACACUCUAAUCAUAUCUGCUGUUAAAAAGACAGUAUCAUAAAGUCCAUGUAUAUUUUCCUGAUAUCGUGAUGACUCCGCUUGAUCAUCUGCUUCGGAAAACACAUUUAUUCUUUUUCUCAUUUUUCCAUAAAGCGAGCCAUUUGGAAAGUGCAGCUGUCAAAGUGCGGUCAGGACUCCUAUACAAGCCAAAGCUUUUAGAUGGCCAUUAAACCAUCAGUUAAGUGCAGACAGACACAAAAAAGAAACCAUCAGAUGAGCCGCAUGUUUGGGUGAUGGGUCUGUGCUGUUACAAAGGGAGAAGAAACCACAAACCAUGAGCAGGUCCUUUUGGUUUUGCAUAUAUGUGUCUGCCUCAACUUGUGUGCGUCAAGACAGACCUUGAAGGUGUAAUGAUCACGUUGCUGAUGACUUGUUGGGUUUACAUAAAAAAGUGUCAGCGCUGUUCAAAGUCAUUAAAUGCAACAUUCUCCGGCAGCUGCGUCAGAUUUACGUCACAGCUAAGUGCUUUUCUUGGGGUCUUGAUUUAUACACAAACAGACAUUUGCCAUCAACAGGCUCGAAAAAUAACAGCCACCACAAUUUCAAUACAUUUAAAAGGCCAUUAUUCUCCCACUGCCUACCUGCUAGUUGUAAAAAAAUUCCACUCGACAUUUUUUUAAAUGCCAAUAAAUGCUUGAUACAUAAGUGCUCAUACACCUGUUUUUAUUGACAGUUCUACACCUUAUCAAGCAGCCUGUAUGGUAGUGACCCUGAAGCAGCUCAAGUGCAGAAGCUUUUCAUCCUCUGUCUAGAGAUUUCAGUCCUGACAUGAAGAGGAAAUCAGUGAAGGCAGAGGGACUUGCUUAAAGAUCAAGGCUUUUCAGUCAAAAAUAGUCAAAUUGAGCUUUAUUUUUAACACGGCAUCUGUACUUAUUUACACCACCCUAAUAGAGAAUUAUAGCUUUACAGCAUUAUCUGUUGACCAGUUGACUAAUUUGUCUGACCAACAAAUGAACUUGGUGCUGACCUUAGAGUCAAGCAACAUUUAAUCCUUUAGUUUAGUGGUUCUCAAGUCUAGUCCUCGAGGCCCACUGUCCUGCAUGUUUUGGAUGUUUCAUUGCUCCAACACACCUGAUUCAAAUGAUCAGCUCGUUAUUAAGCCAUUACAGAGCUUGAUAACGAGCUGAUCAUUUGAAUCAGGUGUGUUGGAGCAAUGAAACAUCCAAAACAUGCAGGACAGUGGGCCUCGAGGACUGGACUUGAGAACCACUGGUUUAGUUGACUUAACAUACACAUCCCUAAUUGUAAGGAUAAAAGGAUAGAUACUUUCUGAAUGAAAUUGCAGCUGUAACACAAAGUGGCAACCUCAGGGUUCUGAAAAAUUCAGCCGAGGCAGAAGUGUCAAAACUGUGGUUCGCUGCAAAAGCACCAAAAGCCACGUGCUCAUCCAUUAAAAAAAAAGAAAAAAAAGAAAAGAGUGACUGAAACAUAUUUACAACCUGGUACAACAAACCUGUUUUGGUCUGAAUAGCUCAUUUUUCAGGGAUGUUUAUAACUUUGUUCUAUGAAGUUGUUGUCAUACAGAAAAUAACUGAGGGUAAGGGAGUACAACACGAGUACAAUGUUUCUGACUCAGCUGGAAAGGCUUCCUUUUGUUGUAGUGCUACUAUUAUUGUAUGAUAUUAAACUGAGACUUCAUAUUAUGAUGUAACACCAUGUCUGAUUGAAUGUACACGUGGUUGAGUAAAAAUAAUGAUUGGUUUGAAAUGCUGUUAGAAAGAGAUAACCAAAAUAUUACAAGCAUUAUCGUAAGACAAAUCAAGUGUGACACAAAAAUGCAGAGUCUUCUGUCUCAGAGAAGAGCUGGAUUCCUGUCUCUAUUCCACUUUGUUUCAUUGUCAUCUCAAGAAAUCAAUUUACUCUACCUUGCUUUAUAGGUUAGGGUUGUUCUAGCAUCUCAACAUUUCAAGUUGAACAAAGUGCCCUUUUUCAAUGCGUUCCUUUGUGAAUGCUGUAUAGGCACUUUGUCACAAGUGCUUCUCAAGCAGUGAGCCAGGAAAGCAGUAGACAGUGCUGUUAGAUGAGAGAGCAGCUAAUAUCUCACACUCCCUGCUGGUUUGAGCUGAGGAUGAAUGACCUCUCUCCCCAAAUAGAUGACAUCACCCUCCUGUGAUUGGGAAGCCAAAAGCACAACACCGCAAGAGAGGUACAAUCAGUCAAUAGCAUUCUCCAGAGGUUGCCUCAGGACUGUAGUUAAAACUGCUUUGCUUGGUGGGAUGGAGAACGCUUAUCAAUUAGUUAGCCUAUCAAGUUCCUGUGUGGAGUCUAGGUUGUCCAAUCAUAAGGAUUAUUCGGUGCUAAAUGCUUGAGCUUUGUUUCAAUGAUUUUCUCCUUGGCUUGUCUAGUUCAUUUGUAUCAAUUAGUGCAGACUCGAUCCUACAACAUCUACCGAUGUGAGGCAGAAGAAUACAACGGUACCUAAUGUCUACUGGAAAAAGCGACCAUACUUUGGCCAUUUUUUUUUUUUUUGAUUUUCUGACUCUAAUUUGAAUGCAACUCAACUCUUUCUGCUUUGGUUAUGUAAAAUUGUUGGGUAAGCCAUUUUGUAACAGUGAUAGCUGUGUUGAGCUGGUGAACACUUGCCAAGCCCAGUGUGUACAGAAGUGAGCCUGCUAGGGAGUGAUUUCAUGUCACUAGUUUCUCACUGACUUCGAUAUGAGGAGGACUGUGACAGAACAGAUGGUGUCAAGACAAACUGUCAACAGUGUUCUUACACUUAACAACAUAUUGUAGUUACACAUCUUUAGGGCAGCGGUGUCCUUUCUCUAUCGGUUUAAAAGUCGGUGGAGAAAGUUCACCUCUUACAGUCACACACCAAAGUGUCCUUGAUCCUGUGGUGGUAUCAUAGCCAGUUGCAUAUAAACGCACGUGAGCAUAAUUAAAGGAUGGGUCACUUUGAAUUGAACUGUCUGCUGUCAUUGUUUGAGUGUGGCAUAAAUGAGUCAAUGUGGCAUGUGGUAGAACAGCCAUAUAUAUCACGAUAUGGGCUGACACCAAAAGAAACACCAUUCGAACCCAUUUCAAAAUGCUCACUUUGACAGCAGAGGUAAACAUGUUUACAGCCUGGUACAAUUAACAGUUUUGGUUUCUGUAUCUUGCAUCUCACUUGGGAAUUUUUCUAACUCGUCUGAUUUAGGGAAUUUAAUUGGGGCCAUGGUUGAUUUGACUGACAGGUGGGGGUGUUGUAGCUGUUGUAGCAGCAGCAAGGUCAUAUAACCCCAACUCUACCUCUUUGUUAGAACUCUUCUUGAGGUUAUCAAAGUAUGAUGGGGUUAACAUUUUCAAUAUGACAUCUGCCAUGUUUGGGCUUUAAAAUACCUCUUUGUGAACCAAUGGGUGACAUGACUGAGACUUCAUCCAUGUAUUAUACAGUCUCUGGUAUUUCAUCCCCAGACUCUUACCGUUGCACUACCCAAGAGGGUAGUACUUCCCAGGGACUUGGGGAGGCAGCGCCUUACAAUUUCAUUUACAAUGGAAAUACAGGUUGUCAAUGUACAUGUGAAAUACUGGCAGAACAGGCGCAGACACAGGAGAGCACAGAGAGCUUGGAUGAUACUUGGACGGUAAUAUUGUCUGAUCCGUAUAAUUAUGUAUUUAGACAUGAAUUUUGACUCUGUUUUCCCCCCUUUUUCCACCUCAGGGACACUUGCUGGCAAUUUAACAGUUAAAGGGAUUAAUCUCAUCAAGAAACAAUCUUGUUUACAUUAUGAGCUGGUACACAAUUUAUGCACAGACACCAGUUAGGCAGAGAGAAAGUUAAACAGGUAGUAGCCCCGAAGGGCAAUAGUACAGUAGCAAAUGUUUUGAGUAACCUGACAUUAUUUAAUAAUCAAAUACAGCUUACUUGCUGCCUACGUGAUUGAAAUAGACAACAAUGGGCCACAGGAACCAUGUAGUUCCAUAAAGAGAAGUUUGUGGAACUAAAUGUUCCAGAUGCUUUUGGUCAAAAAGGACCUUUAGUGUCUCAAACAUGUUGUCCUGACCGCAAAGACCAAACGACAGGUUUUGAACAUACUUAAAGAUUGUUUAUAAAUGACUUCAUGUCUGUACUUUCUUUCCUUCAACAGGCUGAGAGUCUCGAUGGAGCCCUCUGUGUGCCGGACAUCAAGCUGCACAGCAACCCGUCUGCAUUCAAUGUCUACUGCAACGUGCGGCACUGUGUGCUGGACUGGCAGCAGAGAGAGGCCUCCCUGGCACUCGCCUCCAGGAGCUCGGUGCAAAGUGGCGAUUCAGACAGCGAGGAGGAGGAAGAGUACCGAGAGCCGGCGGUUAAGCUGCCAAAGGUAAGAGCAGGGGGUAGUUAUCUGCUGCGUAUAUGACAGCAGCAGAGCAUGGUAUCAAAGCAAGAACUGGCCUGUGCCCUUUAUCUUAAGGAUACUACAAUCCUUUAUCUCCCCGGCUUUUCUGUGGGACUCAUCCUUUUUAUUGUUGUGAUAAUUGGUGUCACUUUACCAGAGGUUUGAAACUCCCAUCACGGAUUACAGCCUCUGCUCUAAAUCCCCCAACUUGCUCUUUUUCACCGUCUUAUCUUUCCCACUCCUCAUCAGUUUUUAUUUAAAAUCAAUCUUCACUUCCACCUGGACAUGAGUGAAAACCUUUGAUAUGUAAUCAGAAAUGUAAUAAACUGUUCCCUUAACUAUCACAUAAGACAGCAGAGCAUUUAAGAGGAAAUGUUUGAAAGGAUUAUUUUGGUGUCUAUGACAUAAGUAGCUGAAUUAAGGGAUAAAGAUAAGAGUUUUUGCUGUCUUUCUAAAAAAGCUGCAACCAUACAGCACCAUAAUAAAGGGAAGUGAAGCAGCAGAGGCACCGAAAAUGAGCUGAACAUAAAUUGUACAUUGUGGUUAAGGAUUAGGCUCAGUCUGGAGAUGCCUUAAGAAUACAUGAAUUAUGCCCUACUUUCUCUCACGCAGACUGGGUUGCCCUUUUAAAAUGCUCACAACAACAGCACAAACACGAUUACAGUGUCCGAUCUUUGAAGGAUGAUGUUUGCCUGAGAUUUAUAUGAAUAUUUUCUGAUGUGCCGAUUCAGAAGCAUAUUGGUUAAGGUAAUUACUUAAAUGAUAAAUGUGUAUAGGUUGUGCCCUGGAAAUCUGCCAUAUAGUUUUCCAAAUAUUUGGGAAUCACUUUUUGUGGUGCGUUGCAGUGAAUACAGUGAGACAAAUAUGAACAGUCUGUGCAGGAUUGUGCAAGAUAUUGACCAGUUUAUGGGUAAAAGUCUACAGCAGAAAGAACACAGAGAUGAAUCAAUUUAAUUUUUAGCUUUCUUUUGAUAAAAAUGUCAAUAUUCUCUUCUUCAGACCAGUUACAUUUACUGUUCAUCAAAUAUUUUAGUCCAGUUUUGUUUGAAUUUAAGCUUUUCAAUAGUUUCUUAUGGGCAGAAGUCUGAUAUUACACUCAAGCAUAGCUUCCAUUUCACUGUAACGAACCAAGUUCUUCACUGAGGUAGGAAGGUCUUUAGGGGCUUUAUUCGAUUCACUAACAAGCCGCACUGCAAAAGAAAACACAUCUCCUUUUCUAGGCCAAACUCUUCUGCCUGCCUCCCUUCCUCAUGCACUCAAGUGGGUCUGUCAUUAUACAAAUGUUAAUGGUGGAUGUUGAAGUCAGCGGUAUUGACUGUAUACACAGUGGGCUAAAUGUAGGUUGUUUUAACUACAGGACGGUGAGGCCAUGUUAUGCAGACAAAACGUCCACUACAGCCUUCUGUUUAUCACUCUCAUGCUCAAUGUCAGCCCGUUUCCUCUUCAAAUACUAUAUUAAAGUGGCCCUACAGUCAGCGAGGCUGUAUUCUAGCUGUGCUUAUGACAGCAUGAUAUUCAGUAGCUCAUUGAAAUGUGCUUCUUUCUCUGUGUGUGCAGAUCAUUGGCAUUGGCCUCUGCGGGGUAUUUGAGCUGAUAAAAGAGACCCGAUUCUCUCACCCCUCCCUGUGCCUGCGCAGCCUGCAGGCCUUGUUGGACAUGCUGCAGGGACAACAGCCUGAGGGCUUCCAGACUGAACCUCCUGAUGUGCUAGGUAAGGCUGCAAAUGCAUCUACACAAUGGAAGAUUUUUGUAAUGUGGAUACUGGGCAUGUUAUGAUUUUAUAUAUUUCAAUGCAUAGCUACAGUGUUGGCAAAGUAAUGAUUUGCAGCUCUUAAAACGUAAUGUAGAAAACUCAAAGUGGAAAACUGUGUUAUUUAUGUCAGAAAAGAGGGAUUUAAUUAUCUCAGUCCAAUGUCACAACGCUGUUUUUGUGCAGUCCAAACAAAGAUGCUACUGUUAACUUCAAAGAAAAUUCUGUCUAAAUGAUAAAAAGGAAUUAUUCAGGAGUAUGUUGAUGACGUGUAUAAAUUAAUGUUUAAAUUUUAAGAUGGGUUUUAUAUACUGUUCCUAAUGAUCAUUUUGAGGCCCCAGUACUUAUCAAUGUGUUGUUGCUUGUUUCUAUUACACAACACUGUUGCCUCCCUGUUUUCACACGUCUGACCUGUCAUCUGCUCGUGCCCCUCCCUCAGAGUCCCUUUUCCAGUUGUUGUUGGAGACCACGGUUCGGAGCACAGGGCCAAAUGAUCCAACAGGACAGGCCAUCACCGCCCUGUCCUGCGCCUGCCUCUUCAGUCUAGUGGUGGCCUGGGGAGACACUGGUAAAAUCCUGCAGGCUGUAUCUGCCAUCUUGACCAACAAUGGCAGCCAUGCUUGCCAGACGAUACAGGUAAUUAACCAAUUAUAGACAAUUACACACCAUUUGGCAGUUUACCUGCACAGUUGUCAGUGUUCCUUUUUUUAGUUUGCAUUCCUGGCAAUCGAAAAAACGCAGGUUACUCAUUCCUAAUUGUUUUUGGCACUUGGGUUAUCUUGUUAUGCUUCGCUUUCUUGGCAAGAGAGACUACGGAUAAUCAGAUGUGAACAAAUGCUUUUAUCUUUGAAGAUGAAUUCCCGGUGAUCACGAGGGUUGAGUUUAAUAAAGUGCAAGACAGAAUUGCAUCUUUUUCACACGCUUGAAUCCAUUUUUUUCUGAAGUUUUCCGUACAUAUCAAUAACAAAGAAAUUUGUACAAUAAUCCAGUUUUGUUAUCCAUUCCUGUUUUCUUCUUUGACAGAAAAAAAAUGGUCACUGAAGUUAAUUUUUUGAAAGAUAAAUUGACCUUUGGAUGCUACAUGCACUGCCUUCAGCAGAGAGACUCCAAGCAGUGUCUGGACAGAACAAAUUGAAUUUUGGAAAAUGUCAAGCCUCUCUGAUUCUCCUGUUUGAUUAUGUUACCCGUCUGCAUUCUUACUUUAAUUAGCCGGCCUUCUGGUUGCUUCUAUCUCGAGCUUGUCCUCUCUCUUUCCUCUCUCCGUCUUAUCUCUUAUAAUGAUUCUUUUGUGUUGCUUCUGCUUGUCAACUAUAAGAAAUAAAAAAAACAUUCCCCUUUACCUGCAAGAAAGAAUCCCUACAUUCGAGUGGGACUUUUCAGCCUCAUACAUUUGUCCUCCUUUUAGAGAUAGGACUGUGUUUCUCUUUUUCCUGGUUCCUCAUGUUGUAAGCAUUGACUGAACUGUGAGUCAUCACAAUAGCAGGCAGGCUGGCGGGAUGUGUGGGCUUAAGUGUGGGCUUAAGAGCCGUAUGAGUCUGUGUGUCUGUUUGUAUGUGUGUGAAUGGUGAGAUCAGCGGUGUGUGAUGUACCCUGCUACGGAAAUUAUGUGAAAAUUCCUUAAGGGACUUACAACUUUUAUGGGGGAAACCCCAACGUGUGAAAAGGCAUUCCAGCAGAGUACGAAAAGGACAAAUAUGGAGUUAUAGUAACCACGGGGUCAGUCACAAGUAGGAGAAUCUGACUCGACAAGCAGCAAUGAAGCCAUAGCUCAUCUCCCACCUCGAACAUUGUCUGCUUCACAAAGCUCGCCAAAAUAUGUUGCAUAAGAGGUUUGCAGUCCUGCUGUCUUUCACCCCGCAUCCUUGUUGUCUCCUUCAAACUCACUAGGUGCCAACCAUACUGAAUGCGCUCCAGAGGAGUGUACAGGCUGUCCUGGUGGGAAAGAUUCAAAUCCAGGAUUGGUUCGGGAAUGGCAUCAAACGCGCAGCCCUGAUGAACAAGUGGGUCCUGAAAGAGGUGUCCAUCGAUGAUGAUGAGCGCUGUCUCCUGCAGACAGAUGGUUCCUUCCUGUACCUGCUGUGCAAGGAUGGACUCUACAAAGUGGGCUCUGGAUACAGCGGCACCGUCAGGGUGUGUGAAACUCACAACUACAUGUGGUUAUUUAACAUGAUGAACACAUAUAUCCAAGUUUGGUGGUUUAGAAUUUCUCAUAUACACAGUUUAUGAUGUGCUUUCUUGUGGGCUGUGAAAAAAUGGGGUUAACCUUGAUUGUUUGAAAUUGUCUAUUGUGUGGAGUUUCUUAACUGAUAUCUAAUACUGUUGGCAAUAUACUACCUAAAAUGCAAAGCAAACCAUUAGCCACAAGACUGGCAAUCACUCUGUUUCAGUGGAUUUGAUUCUGACUAUGUUGGUCUUUGCACUCACACAGAGUCAUAGAGUGCCAAAGCUUCAAACAGAGACUUAAUCUUCACCCUGACCUGAUACACAAAACCCGAUUUAAUCUUAAAGGCUUCAUUAUUUAAUUUUCAUCACUUCAAGAAAUAAAGCUUGCAGGUAGUAUUAUGUUAGCAGCAGAAUGUUAUGCUAGUAGACAACCAUAUUUACGCUCAAAAUAAUGAGUUUUGCUAUGGAGAUUUUAUAAUCAAAUACUUUUCUGAGUGUAUUUAGGUCAAAUUCAAUGAUCUGUGUUUGUAAAUGUUACCUCGUGUGUUUUACAGGGCCAUGUGUACAACUCCACGUCUCGUAUCAGGAAUAGAAAAGAGAAGAGGUCAUGGCUGGGCUUUGCUCAGGUAAGUCACACAGCCUUCAGCAAAGAUACUUCUUACGAUGAGCACAUCCUGGCAAGUUGAAUUACAGCAUAUUGAUUAGUUCACUCAAAUGCACUGUAUUCUUCAUCAUUUCACACUGAUUCUAAGUGUAAGGCGUAUUGAUUGUAGAUUAUAAGUAGUGUUUGUGGUUUGUCUGCAGGGGUAUUUGUUGUAUCAGGAUGCAAGUAACCACUCAAUGUCAGCCAUCAAGAUCAACCCUGAGACUCUGGAGCAUGAGGGGACUGUCACCAUGCCAGGUAAAAAUGAUCAAACUGUUAGCCACAGGAAAAAAGGAGCACAUUCUUCUAUCAUAUGCAAUUAUUAUUUUCAUUAUACAUAGUUCUAUUAUGACAUUAUCAUUAUUUGUAUGUAUUAUCAUAAUGUAAUAAUGUUAUAUUCAUUGUUCAUACCCACUAUAUCUAAACAUUUAGUGAAGUAUUCUUGUGAAGAAUUAGGCCUUUUGUUAGUGCCAGUUCUAGCCCAAUACCAAGCACUCUAUGCCAAAGUUUGUGAUGCAGAUCCAAUAAUUCAAAAUGAAAACACAAAAUUGUUUGAGACUAUUGAAAAAAUGAUGACUCCUUCAUGGUGAGUCUCAUAUUCUGGCAAAACUAAACUCACCAUCACUUUACUUCUGCAUGCAGGUCAGCAUGCUGACGGACAGAACAUCAUCUUCACUGAUGGAGAGUACAUCAACCAGAUCGCAGCCUGUAAAGAUGUGAGUUUAAUGUUUCUGCUACAGCUCAUCAUCCUGGUAACAGCAUAUACCAUCUGUCUCUGGCUCCUUUCAGAGAAGAGAAAAGUUCAAAAUUGAAAAAGUGAAGUGGAUCAGUGCCAAUUGAGGGAGGUACAUAUAUCUCAGAGUCAGGUUUGAAAAAUCUCUAAGCUCCAAGAUUAUGGCGCAAUGUUUUAUAAAAAUAGGGUCAAUAUCUGUGUCAGGAACCACAUUUCUUCCGUACAACUCACGAGGAGAAGUUGAUAUGUCAUUUUAUGGGGGGUGUAAGUGUUUUGCACCAUCUUGACUGAGAUUUAGCAUGAUCUUUUACACAAAUUUAAAGGGAACUUAAACUAACUCAAGAUAGCUGAAUGAACUCAGAAUCUGCCAACACAGUGAGACACACUACAUGUGUCUAUGCAGCUGUCUGCUAAUAAGAGUAUAAUCAUUUGAUUUCCUUUGCUCACAGUUCAUCUGCUGAAGUGUUUUUCUGCUCCUCUUUAGUCAUGUUUUUAAUCUUAUGCUCUGUAUCAAUAUGUUUUCUUUCCCUCAUGAAAACAGAACUCUUCUAAUUUAAGAUGAGGGUACUUGUCAGCCCCUUGAAAGGCUUGAUGAAUCAUCUAUCAUUGCCAUAAGAGGCCCCAGCUUCGCUGUGACAGGCCCUCAGCUGAUCACCAGCUGUGACACAGAAGGGGUUGUUGCUCUGUCUGAGUCUAUAUCCGUGCAUGUGUCUAUGUGUGCAAGUGUGUGUAUGUAUGGGUGGGUGUGGCGGUGGCAGUGGCACCAGAUGUGGGUAUUCUCCAGAGAGCUUAAUCUCUCAAGCAGUUAUCUGCAUAAGCACUCUGUAAUGUGAGUGGGGGAGGGCGGGGGAUGUGAAAUCCAUAUAUCUGCCAUUGCGGCUAGCCUUCCUCGCAGACAGCAGCUUCAAGACUAAUCAAGGGGCGGGUACUGCAAAGGGGGGUCCUCAGCUGCAUACACUUUGUUAAGCAGGCAGAAAAGGAAACACACAAAGACCAGUUCAUGGUUUGGGAAAAAACAUAUGUGGCACAAUAAAGGGAUUCAGGUGCUUCGAAGUAGACAAAGGAGGUGGUCAGGGUAGAUCAGGUCAGGGGGAUGGUUAGAGGAAGAAGAAAUAGAAGCUUAUGUUUCAAUGACUAGAUUUGCACACGUGCUUGUCCCCAGGACUCAAAGCAUCACAGAUGAGUCUCAUCAUGACCACACAGCAGAAACCAGAGUAUCCCCACACUACCUUUUAUCCUUUUUUAUACCCCUGCUGUCUCCUAAUUAUUUCCCUGUUCUGGCCCACUCUCCUCUCUGUUCCUCUACUGUAUACUCCCACUUUCAGCCACAUCCCCUGCAGUCUGACUAACCUACAUUUCUGACUGUUGUGUCAUCCUUUUUGUGCUCAGCUUUGAGUCAUUGUGUGUGAGUUGUGCAUGGAUGUCACACCCUCAAUGGUGUUGCUGAGAAAAAUGGAUGUGGUUUUCAUACUGACAUGGCCAGGGUUUAAAGUUGCCGCUCAUGUUACAUAAAUUGAUGCGCUGAUUAAAAGAAAGCCACCGCCACACUCUCUGUAGAUUGACGCCAGUAGGCGGCAGCUUCAUCUAUAAGGUAUAAUCCUGGGUUAAUCCUUACUUCAUCCAGCACAUUAGUUGUGAUUGUGUGGGGAGUAUAUAAUGACCUACCCUAUCCCCAGUGAACCAAAACACACAGUUUAAUGUUUGAAUUUUACAAAGUUUAAAGUCUCCCUCAACAUGAACCAUCGCAAUUUUGAGCUUGAUCCAUUUCACUGUCCCUUACAGUCAGGGGAAGCAGGAAUAUGAAAUCUCCUCCAGUGUUCUUCUGUUAUUAAAGGACUACUACUGUAAAAAUAUUGACUCAUGAAACUUAACAAAUUUUGUUCCUCUGUUGGCCUUGACUCCUUCAGGAUGGGUUUGUGGUGCGGAUCUACACGAUGAGCUCAGACCCGGCCCUGCAGCAGGAACUGCAGCUGAAGCUGGCAAGGAAAUGUCUGCAUGCUUGCGGCAUCUCUCUCUUUGACCUCGAGAAGGAUCUACACAUCAUCAGUGAGUCAAUUAAAACAUACAUAUCUCUGUAAAGGCUUUUAGUUAGUAAUAUUCUAAUGUAAAUGUACACAAGCUGUUUUAUUAUGUUUCUCUACAAUCUGUCAGGACAUAAAUGAACAAAAAGAAAACCUUAUCUCAUUAUAUAAUUGUCUCAAAAUAAUAUUUUGUUCUCUCAGGCACAGGCUUUGAUGAAGAGGCUGCGUUACUUGGAGCAGGCAGGGAGUUUGCUCUGAUGAAAACUGCCUCCGGAAAGGUAAGAGUGCAGUUUUUCCAUUUACAUCUCUGCUUGUUCUGUUGAAAUGAGCAGUAAAAUGGAACAGCUGAGUUGAACUUGCCCACGACAGACUCUGCACUCGAAAGGAAAAAUACUUCAAUAAAUUGUUUUAAAUUUUGGCCAAAUGAAGCCAUCACUUUACAAAACAGACAUCUUCCCAGUUAAUUGCAUCUGUAUGUUGUAAGCUACGGUGACAUUUAUGUAGGAUCAGGCUGUCAAAUGUCAAAGUGAUGCGGAGACAAUAGAUCGAACUUUGAAACUGAAAAAAAACCUUUUAAAAUAAAAAGAUGUUCUUAUUCUAAAUUUGAUUCCAGCAACAGUUUUAAAAAGUUAAUGAUAGGGACAUAUAAACACUAUAAAAUAAACACAUUUGGAAGAACAAACCAAAACUAACAGGAUCAAUUUGCGGCAGAAACAACAACUUGACUUGGAUAAAAAAAGGACUCCCCAAAAAGAAAAAAAACCAAGAGCUACCACUCUGUGUGAGCAAAUAGUUUAACAGUCUCAAAAAAUAUCACUUGGAAAACAACUUUCUGAUUUUGAAAUAAAUAUGAGGUAAGGACAUUGGUAGGUCUGAAGUUAAAAUGUCACGUCAAAAAUCCAAAAAUCCAGCUUUGAGCCUCAGGUGUGUGUCUUCAUUCACUUUGUAAACCUUUACAACCUGGCAUUUUCAAUGUAAUGUUGAUGAAUAGAUGAGCUUUUAAAGUGACGUCUCUGCUUAACCAACUGGAUGCGAUUAAAGAAUUUCCAGCCGAUUAAGCAGCGGCUCUGGCCGUCAGUAUAAUGUCAACUUUCAGGAGACCCAACCAGGCUCUCCCGCGAGUGACGCUUGAUGUAGAAACACCAAAACAAAUCAAGAGUUAGUUUAUAAUGAAGGUAAAUGUUUGUUCAGAGGCUUUUGGUAUUAACUUCUUGAUCCAGAGGUAGACUACACAGUCAUGCUGAUUGGGCAAAGUAAAUCCAGUCACUGUGAGGAGGCAGGAGGAUUUUUCACAUUUUUAUCCAGCCUGUUUAGUAAGAGGAGAAUGCCAACUAUGUAGCUUGAUGGGGUGUGUGUGGAGGGUGUGGUUUUGUGUGUCUGUCAUGUAGGUGUGGUGCAGCGUUUUUUUGCAGAUAGCAGUCCUCUUGCACAUUUCUGUGUCUGUGUCGAAGCCUAAUCUCACAGCUCCCAUUAUCUACAGAUUACCUUAACAGUGACAGACUGUAUGGGUAAAAAUAGGAGCAGCUGACCUUUAUCUUUGCACAAACUUUACUGGCCACUCAGGCCGGACUAAAUGCCACACGUUUGGUAUUAGAGAAGUGAGUCAGAGGUCUGCAAAUAAUUUAUCCGUCUGAAUGCACUGCUUUUCUGUUUGUGUAAUUUGCAUUUGAAUCUCUGAUUAUUUGACUCGCAAAGCCUCUCACCCUCAGUAGAGGCCUUGUGUAGUCACAAGCUACCCAUGCUUUUUGACUUAUUCAAAUGUUCUCAAAUUGUGAAUAACUCCUUUGAAAUAUUUUCCCAGCCAUAUUAAAUGUACAAUAUGGAAAUAAUCAGUCCUAAUACUGAUGGUCCUGUUUGCAUUUGUAGCUCUUAAAAAGACACACAUGUUAAUGUCAGUCCAAUUUAUAAUCAGCUGAAAAACUCUACAGUGUGAAAUGUGGUUUACUAAAAUUAGUUAUGCAUUUAAUCAUUUUUGUAUCCUACUAAAUUGAUAAUCUUCAGUCAAUAAUAAAUAAAAACUAUCCCAGCAGUUUUCAAAGAAACCUUGAGGGGAAUGGUUUAAGAGCUAUGCAUCUUUGAACCCAUUGGUUAUCAUUUGAUGUCAUAAAACACUGCCGUAGGGCCUCGAAUGCUCCCCAGCAAAACAGUUCGUAAUGUGUAUUUUUCUGUCACCUCACCUUCACAGAUCUACUACACAGGAAAGUACCAGAGCCUGGGGAUAAAGCAAGGUGGACCAUCAGCAGGGAAGUGGGUGGAAUUGCCAGUCACAAAGUCUCCCAAGAUUGCUCAGUUCUCAGUCGGCCAUGAUGGUUCUCAUGCACUUCUCGUAGCUGAGGAUGGGAGUGUGUUCUUCACCGGCUCUGCAAGCAAAGGAGAGGAUGGAGAGUCUAGUACGGCAAUUUCAAACAAUCUGUGACAACUCAAGAAUGAAUUUUAUCCAGCUUUGAGCUAACAUGUUAUCAAAGCCGUCUUAGCUGAUGCUCUGAAAUAUUGUUGUUUUUUUUUGUCCUUCUUUUCCAGCUAAAAGCCGGAGACAGCCCAAGCCGUACAAGCCCAAGAAGAUGAUCAAAUUAGAGACCAAGACGGCGGUGUACACGGCAUGCAACAACGGCAGCAGCAGCAUCGUCACCAAGGAUGGGGAGCUCUACAUGUUUGGCAAAGAUGCUAUUUACAGUGACAGCACCUGUGAGUGGACAACUUCAGAGAGUUUUAUUUUAAAGUUUCCAUAUGUUGUGUAUUUUUUUCUUUUAUCACAUUCUGUACUUUCUUUGCUACAGGCCAGGUGACAGACCUCAAAGGUCACUUUGUAACUCAGGUUGCUAUGGGUAAGGCCCAUACAUGUGUUUUGACCAAGAGCGGUGAAGUGUGGACAUUUGGGGUGAACAACAAAGGGCAAUGUGGCAGAGACACUGGUGCCAUGAGCCAGGCGGGGAAAGGUGAGAAUAAACAGAAACACACUGACAUUUUUCACACGGUGCCUUUUUUAUUGUGCUAAAUCUGAUGUCCUCCCUCUGUCUUUGUGCUUUCUUUUGUUGAAGCAUUCGGUGUGGAGAGCAUGGCCACAGCCAUGGAUGAAGACCUGGAGGAUGAGCUGGAGGAGAAAGAAGAGAAGAGCAUGAUGUGUCAGCCAGGCAUGCACAAGUGGAAGCUGGACCAGUGUAUGGUCUGCACAGUGUGUGGAGACUGCACGGGUUAUGGUGCCAGCUGUGUCAGCAGUGGGCGGCCAGACAGAGUGCCAGGAGGGUAAGAAGUUCUAAGAAAGGGGAAGGGGUACAGGUGGUCAUGACAUUAUCUGUAAAGUUCUUGUGUUUACAACAUUGACCCCUCAAAAACAGGCAGUGUAUAGUAAAGGUGCUUUCGUUGUGAUACUAUUCUCUCCAUUUUAUCCGUCUAACAGUAUCUGUGGCUGUGGGUCUGGAGAGUCUGGCUGUUCAGCGUGUGGUUGUUGCAAGGCCUGUGCCAGGGAGCUGGAUGGUCAGGAGGCCAGACAGAGAGGCAUCUUUGAUGCUGUGAAGGAGAUGAUUCCACUGGACCUGCUGCUAGGUAUGCCACCUGUCACCUGAUCUCAUACCACCGCUGUUUUGCUCUGUCAUUCAAUGAAAAUUUAUAUCUUACCUUGAUCAUCCUUCAUUUCACUUAAAGUUAGAUGAAUCAUAUGCAUGUUAACACCUCAUGCACUUCUCACUUAAUGUAAUAUUCCAGCAGUUUGAAUUCGUGGAUCCUCCAUAACUGAUCAGAAAAAUGAGGGUUUUGAUGUUAUGUGCAAGCUGUGCAUCUUUCUGCUGCUUGUGCCACUCAGUUCACACAGUCUGCUGCGUUCCUUUGGAUGUUGCACAUUUGUCGCUGCUCGUCCUCUGUUUUUUUUUUUCUUUGUAUCAUGCAGUCAUUGCUUCUCCAUCACGUCUUUCCAUCAUUCAUUGAUGUGUGUCUUGUUUUGUUCUGCUCUGCUCUGUCCUCCCUUCCCACCUCAUCCUGCCUCCUGCCUCCUGCCUCCUGCAUCCUGUCUGGGCUGCCUGUACUUGGGGCCUUUUGUGUUUUCAGCUGUGCCUGUCCCUCCCCCUCCAGGAGUGAACAUCGAGGAGCACAUUCAGAUCCGUCAGGAGGAGAAACGGCAGAGGAUCAACCGCCGGCACAGACUGGAGGAGGGCAGAGGUAUGGGUCAGGGAGAAGAAGGAUGGGGCUUUGUUUAGGGAAGCGCUGUGUGUUUUGUUUUUGAUUUUUGGCUUUAUGAAGUUAAAAAAUAUAUGACAAAAAAAAAUCAAAAAUAGGUGGGUGUGGAGGUUAAUAAAUAAGGUGAAACUACAGUCAGGCUGUCAGACCCUGUGUGAGCUUGGGUGUUGUGCCUUGGUGACUUCCCCCUUGCUUGUGUCUUGUAUAAUAUUUCAGUGUGUAAGUGUAUUGUUGUGGUGUAGUAUUAUCAUGUGUUCUUUCCCAUUUGUGAGCAUUGUGCAUGCAUGUGAAAGUUUCUUUCUCCCCUAGGCCCCCUUGUUUUUCCUGGUCCCAUUUUUAUGAACCAGCGUGAGCAGGCCCUAGCCAGAAUAAGACCCCUUCAGGCACUAAGGCAUAAGCGGGACAAGCACAAAGGUACUACGGUUUUCACUAACUCAACGGGUGCAGAGACACCCCCUUUGCCUCAUCUCCCAGUCUGGCUGUCCCGCCCACCUCUUCUCUCACUCUCUGACGGCAGGACUCUAAUGUUUUCACCUGGUCUCAUGGUAACAAACGGUGUAGGCUGCUGGCAGGAAGCAAUCGUUGUGACUCACAGAAGAGAAAUGACUGUGAAUCCUCGUGACCGGGUCAAAGACGGAUCUUAGCAGGCUGGUUCCCUUCUAGAUCUCAUUAAAAUGAUGGUUUGUUAAUUGCAUUAAUAUAAAGCAGGGACUGAGGUAAAACAGAGACUUGAUCUGUUAUGCUGAUUCAUUUUCAAGUUCAACGUUUCUAAACCUCAGAUAUUACGCCUGCUUUGCACUCGGCUGUUCUAUAGACCUUAAUAGAAAUCAAUUGUCCUUGUCUAACCGGAUUUACCACCACUCCCUUAGCAGCUGAUUUGUCACUUUGUUCGUACAACUGCUGCAUAACAAACAGAUGAACAGCACAAGGGAGAGCAAGCUUCAUGAAAGACAAGCUAAUAAAUAAAAAUCAUUAGAUUUGACAGAUGCAAAGAGGAUUAUUUAAAAAACAUAUUUUACAUGUGACUCAUCAUGGAAUUUGAUUAGAAAUUAUAUAACAGACAUGCAGUCAUGGAUUUAAGAGUUUCCUGCAUUUAUUUGUUAAGCAAGUCUACAUGUUUGCUGCAGUGAACAUCUUUUCUGAAUCCUAAUAUAUCACCAGUGAGCGGCUCAUAUGUUAAUGAUUAUGUUUCAGCAGCAACAACAAAAAAAAAAAAAACAGAGCAAACCUACUUUUGUUUUGUCCUCCGAAUCUCAGCCCCGCAGAGACUUUCCCUCAGAAAAACAAAUUGUGGUUGUGACAACACAUCUUUGUAACCGCAUCCACUGAGAACAUACAUAGACACCUUUUGAAUGCCGCCCUUAUUUUGGACUAUAUGCAUAACAAAUACUAUUCCAUUACAGAAGAAACAAAGCCUGUCAGGACUCCCCCUCUCAGGAACUUGUUUAUGCUUUGUGUCGUCAGAAACCCCAGCUGUUAUUCUUUGUAUGUCAACCAGGUUGGUGGGGUCAUGAUAACAGUUAUCACCUAUAUAAUUACACUUUACGGGCUUUGGCUUUAGUGGAUGCUGAAGCGACACUUUUUUCACUAUUUUUGUUUUCACCUUCCUUGUCAUUAUAUUAAAAUCAACAUUAGCUAGUUUAACUUUGUCAAACCUUGCCAGUUGUGAAUCCCAUUUGCCACUUUUCCCUCUCUACUCCUCUGUUGUUUUUAUUUUAUUUUAAAUGCCCAAGAGUGUCAAACCAUCACAAAGACACUUUUGUCAUUUGUGUUAACCUUUGACACGGGCUGGGCAAUCACAGGAAGCUUCUUUGAUCGGCACACAGGCGCAUGUGAAACAUUGAACUUGUGUCUGAACACUUUGCAGCAUGGGUAAAAAUAUAAGCCAGGCUGCACCUCUUUCUGGAACACUGUGCUCAUAAAUUAUUUUACAGUCACUAUGUGCCUAUUUUUAGGGGCCCCACAAGUGAAAUACUCACACUUAAGAGCCCUGACUGGAUGACCCACAUCUGCCCAUGCUGCUGCUACUGUUAUUUUUUUAGUUACAAUAGGUGGCUCGCAACAAAGGAAAACAAUGACUGGUUUUGGGUACUCUUGUACUGUUGAGCAUCCAUUUUACUUUUACUAUUUUUAAAACCCUGUGAAAUAGACACUGUUUGUCCUAAUUGAAAAAAGGAGGACUGUCUUUUCUUAUGUUGAUUGGUCAAGUCUGAAAGCUUUAUUCAGAGUACUUCAGAUGGACGCCUCUCUUCAUGGUUUUGCUCUUAUGAAGAGGACUGGAUGGAUAUUUUUUUGUUUGUGACUUUCCAGAAAUUUCUCCUUAAUUUCUGUGUGUUUGUUGUUGUUUUUUUUUUUUGUUUUUUUUUUGCUGACAUUGAGAGUUGUGUCCACAAGUUAAACCCUCAACCCUUCCUUAUCAAAGUUUGGGCCAUGAACUGGUAUCCUAAAUUUGCAUUUACACUUCAAUUCAAACCUAAAACUGUUGUAUCAUUUGGCUGGCCACACUUAUGGAGGUUAACCACAAUACCUUGAUUCCUGGCCCAAAAGGUAUUGACGAUCACAAUAUUAACUGUAAUGCAUGGGCCUUUCUCCAGUUUUUUUCUGCUCACAAACCACAGCUGUGACCUCUUUACAAGGCUCAGGGUGAACCAGAUCUCCUCCUCCUCAUCCAAAUUCUAAUUGUUGUGUAACGAAAACAAAGAUUUCCAUCCAUCCUGGGACUGGUUGCCAAAAGCCUUCUGUUACAGAGGUGUCUUUCCCUUGUCUCCCCUUCGGCAUGCUCUCCCCUCUUUAUUUCGAAAAACCCUGUUUUCUCUCCAGCUCCAUUUUCCAGGUCUGAGCAGAGAUCUCCACCUCUGCGGUUUGACAUUGCCGCCCAAACCUCACUAUCCCAAUGUUCUCAACUCGAAUGUGCUGACUUGAGUGUUUGACUUAUAGAUGGCAGCAGUGAGCGCGGCGAGAAGGAUGCCAGCAAAAUCACCACCUACCCUCCAGGGGCAGUGAGAUUUGACUGCGAGAUGCGAGCUGUGCAGGUCAGCUGCGGUUUUCACCACUCAGGUGAGUUGAUCUCCCUUAUCGAUUCACCUGUGAAUACUUACACCACAUUAUUUUGAGAGCAUCACCUCUGACAAACUUGGACUGGAUACGUCUUAUGUAAGAUAAAAGAGAGGAGAUCACAAUGGUACCGUUUCUCCACAGUGGUGCUGAUGGAGAACGGAGAUGUCUACACAUUUGGCUAUGGUCAGCAUGGGCAGCUGGGACAUGGAGAUGUCAACUCAAGGUACUGCUGCUUCUGCUUCUUUUUGUGACAUAAACUGAAUUAAAUGAGAUAUUUCUAAGCAAGAAAAGCUAUUUAUCAUAACAGUAUAAAUAUUGAAAUGGGGGUGCACGAUAUUGGAUUUUUGCUGAUGUCUAACAUGCAGGUAUUGACAAAGUUAUUUUUGGCAGAUACCAAAUUUUCCCCUUUUUUUUUGUCAUGGUAAACAACACCACGUCUCUCCUGUACGAUAAUCUACUGGAUUGUGAUCGACUAAGGUUUUAACUGUGAUAUUUACCUGACGUUUCCACAUUAUGAAUGGCUGUUAAUUUUUCUGUAAAUGCCGUGGUAACUGUGCUGCUGCCUGUCUUGGCCAGGACACACUUGUCAAAGAGAAUUUGACCUCAAUGUGUUUUUUUUCCUGGUUAAAUAAAGGUUAAAGAAAUAUAUAAUCUGCUCUAGAAAAUAGACAUAAAACAAGACAAACAAGUUUAUUCUAUUGGAAAUGAUGAAUAUAGUCUUUUUCAAAUGUAGACAUUCAGUCAUAUGUCUUGUGUCUGCUUAUGAUACUUCGAAAUACUCCCAUACGCCGACAUGUUGAAGCUUGUUGUUGGCAUGCGCAGCUCUCAUUGCAUAUGCAUAAGGCAGCAUCACAUGAUUGGCAGCACAUACCAGCCAAUAAUAAUGUCAGAUAAUGCCUGUGAUGAAAACUUAAAGGUUUAUCUGCCAUUAUCAAUAUUAUGUGGUUAAUUAUCAGGCAUUCCUAGAGCAAUAAAAUGGACUGAUAAAUUGAAAGAGAAAUUGUAAAUGUCUACAUAAAAAAAUGACAUUUCUGUAUGCUACAAACCAACAAUGUUUGAUGUUCUUCAACAAAAGGUGUAACAAGCUGGCAUAUGCUCAGUUAAUCAAUUGUGUAGUUAAGGAUUAAGAAAUGUGAGCUCAGAUUAUUACUUUGUCAUUCAGCGUUAAUUGAACAGCUUGACAAACAGCCUAAUCUGUCUCUGUAUUUCUCUUAGGGGUUCUCCUACCUUGGUGCAGGCCCUUCCAGGUCCCAGUAUUCAGGUGACAGCAGGCAGUAACCACACAGCUGUUCUCCUCAUGGAUGGGCAGGUCUUCACAUUCGGCAGCUUCUCGGUAAGAAUGAUACCGAGUAUAAAAUCAAUAUAGUAAUUAUGAGAGUAUUUUGAAUGCCUGUUGAAUCUGUGUCUGUGUGUUUUAUAGAAAGGGCAGCUGGGCCGGCCCAUCCUCGACAUGCCGUACUGGAAUGCCAAGCCAUCUCCCAUGCCCAACAUCGGUGCCAAAUAUGGACGGAAGGCUACCUGGAUUGGAGCCAGCGGGGACCAGACAUUCCUGCGGAUCGAUGAGGCUCUUAUCAACUCCCAUGUCCUCGCUACUUCAGAGAUCUUUGCCAGCAAACACAUUAUUGGCCUGGUGCCCUCCUCUGUGUCUGAGCCGCCUCCAUUUAAAUGCCUGCUUAUCAACAAAAUGGACGGGAGCUGCAGGACCUUCAAUGACUCUGAGCAAGAGGACCUGCAGGGAUUUGGCUUGUGUCUGGACCCGGUGUAUGAUGUCAUAUGGAGGUCAGUCAAAGGACUGUGCAGACAAAUUUAGCGCAGACCUUUUGGUUUCAUUUUGAAUUCAUUAAAAGCCUUUUGCGAGAGUUACAUAAACUUCACCCAAAGGAGAUUUAGCUGUUCUCAAUCUGAAACCCUUCCCCUGGUUUUGACUCUCAUCUUUCUUUGUGCUUUUCAGGUUCCUCCCAGCCUCAAGAGAAAUGUUGUGCUACAACGCGGUGAUAGCUGACGCCAGGAUGCCCUCCGUCACAGAUCUCCAGGCCCGCUGUAGCAUCCUCAGCCCGGAGCUUGCGUUGCCCUCGGGAUCCCAUGCCACCACUACUCGCUCUCACGGAGCCCUGCAUAUCCUCGGUAAUGCGUCAAUGUUUCUUUGGUCACAUAAAUCUUUAAUGAAUGUCUGCAAAUGUUUCUACUCCAAUAAUGAUGGUCAGUGUGGCUUCUGUGUCUAAACACUAUUCCUAAGAUCAGGCUCUAUUGUUGUCAAUUUGAACCCAUUGGUCUUCUCAUGACAUCAGAAGUCAGUUAUCGCUCUUACUAUAAUUAUAUUACAUAAAGCUUGUAUAUCUUCAUUAGUUUCUGUUUGUUUUCUAUUAUCUAUGAUGAUAUAUUAAAUUGUAGUAUUUUAUCAAAAUAAAUAUACAUCAAACCAAUCUAUUCCAUUCUCAUUUCUUAGGGUAGCCUUUUGCUUUUACAUGAAUCAUAUGGUUUCAUGCAGGUUCUGUAUAUAUGUUCUGUACUAAGAGGACUUAAACUGGGCUGUUCACUUAGGUUGCCUGGAUACACUGGCAGCCAUGCAAGAGCUGAAGAUGGGCGUAGCCAGUGCAGAGGAAGAAACCCAAGCAGUGAUGAAGGUCUACUCCAAGGAGGACUACAGUGUGGUGAACCGCUUUGAGAGUAGGUGGCCUCUUUCUACUGCAUACAUGGUAAAUGAUGUAUGAUGCAAUGCACUGGAGGACCCACUGAUAAGCUUUGGUUUAAAGCUCUGUGCUAAUUUUCCAGCUUUUAAGUCAGUGCUGCUGAAAAUAAUAGAAUCAUUUUAUAUUCAUCAACCGAUGUUCAAAUCAACUUGUAGAGACCAAUCGAUCCCGUGUUUUAUUCUCUAGGUCAUGGUGGCGGUUGGGGCUACUCAGCCCACUCUGUGGAGGCCAUCCGCUUCUGCGCUGAUGCAGACAUCCUGCUGGGUGGGCUGGGUCUGUUUGGGGGGCGAGGGGAGUACACUGCAAAGAUCAAGGUAAGCUGGAUGUGACAUAUUUAUACAGCGUUCCUGUUUUUUAUGUUGGCUGACAGUUUAACAUUCAUUUGAUUUAAAUCAGUCUCUAAUCCAUAAUCUGCUGCUGGGGGGUGCUACAUUGAAAUGACAGAAAAGCAAUGAAUGAAAAACAAAUUGAAACGGCAAUACACUUAGUUAGCUGUUGAAAUUGAAACUGCAUAGCUUGUGAAAAUAAAAGGCUAAAACAUGAAGUUGUGUGACCUUGGCUAUAGCAAAUGUCUUAAUAAUAGAUAAAUGGGCUGUAAUAAUCUGGCUGGAAAUGCUGUGUGUUCACAGUAUGUUUUUUAUGGCUUGUUUUGGUGCAGCUUUUUGAGCUUGGGCCUGACGGGGGCGACCAUGAGACUGACGGCGAUCUGCUGGCUGAGACUGAUGUUCUAGCGUAUGACUGUGCUGCCAGGUAGAGCUCGCUGAAUUUUUCUAUCUCCCAAUUCUUUAUUGCUUACCUUGAAAAAAACAACACUCCAUGUCUACCGGUGGUUAAUUCAGAUCUUUUUUUUGUUCAGGGAGAAAUACGCGAUGAUGUUUGAUGAGCCGGUGCUGCUGCAGCUGGGUUGGUGGUAUGUUGCGUGGGCUCGAGUGUCGGGUCCCAGCAGCGACUGUGGCUCCCACGGACAGGCUACCAUUACUACUGAUGAUGGGUAAAAGCGGUUGAACUUGAAACAUAAUAGUUAAACACUUAAAUAUAUAAUUGGCAGUCUAGUUCUCUAAACAGUUUAAUUAUAAUUUAGGUUUUAUCGUUUUUAAUUUGUCUUUCAUUGUUUUUGCUUUAGUGUGGUCUUUCAGUUCAAAAGCUCCAAGAAGUCAAACAACGGUACAGAUGUCAACGCAGGUCAGAUACCUCAGUUGCUAUACAGGUAAGCAGAACUCUUUGUGUUGGUUCUUAUCAUGCCACUUUUCGUUUGAAGGAUUUAUAUUUUCUUAUGUCUUAAUACUAGGCUUCCUUCAAAUGAUGGCAACGCAUCCAAAGGGAAACAGCAGACCAGUGAACCAGUCCACAUCCUGAAGCGCUCAUUUGCUCGUACAGUCUCCGUGGUGAGCUCACUCUCCAUAUUUGGGCCACUUCUCUGUUUCCGCCUGCGUAAUUGUCUUAACAGGUGAUACUUCACAGCUCUGUGUGUGACUGUCCUCCUCUGCCUCCUUGUAGGAGUGUUUCGAGUCCCUGCUGAGUAUCCUUCACUGGAGCUGGACCACCUUGGUUUUAGGUGUGGAGGAGCUGCGAGGGCUGAAGGGUUUCCAGUAUACCGCCACUCUGCUGGACCUGGAGAGACUACGCUUUGUCGGCACCUGCUGCCUCCGCCUGCUCAGGGUUUACAUCUGUGAGAUCUUCCCCAUCGCUGGUAAGAGCUUUGAGAAUGAAGAGACAUUUAAUUCUUGUUGAUUUGUGUUAUUUGUUGCCAAAAAGAUUAAGAUUUCUGAUUUAAUUAUGAAUGUUAUUUGAAUGAAAAACAUUCAUCCUUGCAUUGAUUCUGAUUUCAAACACUCUUUGCAGAAAAUAUUACAAUCCAAUUCAAACUAGAUUGUCUUAUAAUUUCAUGAUAUACAGAUAUAAACAUCAGGAAGUUGUCAUUUCAAGAAGGACAUUUCAAAUGAUUUUGAUUUUAUUAGAUUGUAGCUUCACAUAAGAUCUCACGUUGAUGUUUUGCACUAUCUGUUCUCUAAAUUUGCAGCAAGCACCAAAGCUGUGGUGGAGGAGUCGAGCAAGCUGGCAGAGUGCGUGGGAAAGACACGCAGCCUGCUGAAGAAGAUCCUGUCAGAAGGCAUGGACAACUGCCUGACCAAGCUGGACAAUGACCCCCAGGGCUACUUGUCUCAGCCUUUAACACUGCUGGAAGCUGUGCUGCAGGAGUGCCACAACACCUUCACGGCCUGCUUCCACUCUUUCUACCCAACCCCGGCUCUGCAGUGGGCCUGUCUCUGCGACCUGCUCAACUGCCUGGACCAGGUACGUGGCAGUAGAACUUGACAAGUGUUUUUUACAAGGUGUUUUAAACAGUAAUGGUUGUAUUUAUCAUAAAAAAAGACUAUUUUCUUGAUUGAUAAAUGACAGGGGGGCUUGAGUAUGAAAACAUAUCAGGUUCUGAAAGCGAUUGGGAUCUUUAGUUUCUUAAAAAUUCAGCAAUCUCAUACUUUAGCAGUCUCAAGUUUAUAUUUUAGACACCACAGUGAUACCCUCACCUGGAACAACACACAAAAGUUGCAUAAUCACAACUCACUGACAGCAUUGUCUUAGAUUGUUAACUGAACAUUACAAAAUAUUUCCUGAAAAUGACAAAAUCAGAGAUUCUCCCUUGUCUCUGCUGCCUUAUAGGACAUCGCUGAGGCCAACUUCCGCACCUCCAGUAGCCGUCUGCUGGCCGCCGUGAUGUCAGCCCUCUGCAACACCUCUGUGAAGCUGACAUCCAUCUUGCCCAUUGCAUAUGAUGGUGAAGUGCUGCUGCGCUCUCUGGUCAAACAAGUCAGCACUGAGAAUGACUCUGCGCUUGCUCACCGCUUCCCUCUGCUGGUGGCCCACAUGGAGAAAUUAAGCCAUGUGAGUGAAUACAUAUCACUGCAUCAUUUCCUCGUCCUCAUUUAACUUACAAAAUCAGAACAGUGUGGUAAUAUUUCCUUGUUUUUGAUUCUGUCAGACUGAAGAAAACUUGAUGGGCAUGACCAGUUUCCGGGAGGUGCUGGAGAAGAUGCUGGUGAUUGUGGUGCUGCCGGUGAGGAAGAGUUUGAGGAAGGAGGUGGAGCUUUUCUCCCCGCACCUGGUCUCCAAUACCUGCGGUCUGUUGGCCUCCAUCGUCUCUGAGCUCACCGCUUCUGCUCUGGGCUCUGAGGUAACUACACUUAGAGCAAUACAAACAGAACUCAAGUGCUUAAAUAAACAUGAUGGUGCAGGGGUGUGGGGUAGAACAAUAUAAGCUGUAUUAAGAGAACCAAAGGGAAAAAAAAGAUGAACUAAAAUGAAAAAGUGAAAUAGAAACCCCACAAAACAAACAAAGACAAUAAAUCAGUUUGAUUUUAAAGAAGCUAUUAUCAUUGAUAAAAAAAUGUGAACUGUUUUUAAUACUCAAAGAGAGGGAGAUUGUCUGAUAAUGUAAGCAUGUGCUAGCAGCAUAGUGUUGUUACCAAUGUUUAUAAUGUUGCCAAUGAGCCGAAACAGAGAGGAUGGAAUCUAAUCAUCUUGAUUGCAUGAAGGGUGGUUCCGAGCCUUUAAUUGGUGGUUUGAUGUUGCUCUCACUCUCCUCCUUUACCUAUUAUCGCUCUCCCUCUGCUCAAAUGCAUACCUAUGUACUGCAGUCAGGACACAUAAGGUCUCAUUGCCAUGGUAACUGGUACUAGACGGCAGCCCUGUUUCUGUGCUGACUUUCACCCAACUGUCUGUUGUCAGGGAGACAACUCUAAAUUCCCUAGAGCUCCUGGAUAUGUCGCUCUUCAGUUGUGUCUGGCUCUCUGUAGUCAAUAAGCGGAUAAAAAUAGAAAUAGAUUGUAUUACUAAGCACAUCAGAAAUAAAGGAUCAGAUGUUUUGUUUUUUACAUGAUUCUUUUGGAGGAUUCAAGGCUGUGAUUUGUCUAUGAUUAUCUAAAUUAAUAAUGCAGUUUUAUCAGUCUGUUUUGGCUACAUGUUUCAUUGUUUCUCUGUUUUAUUAGGUCGAUGGACUGAACUCACUCCACUCUGUGAAAGCAUCUCCAAACCGAUUCACCAAAACGAGCCAGGGCCGCAGUUGGAAUACAGGAAACGGCUCGCCGGAUGCCAUCUGUAUGACGGUGGACAAACCAGGCGUUGUGCUUGUGGGCGUCUGUGUGUAUGGAGGAGGGGGCAUCCAUGAGUAUGAACUCGAAGUGCUGGCUGAUGAUGUAAGUCGUGAUCGAUAGUUUCAGUCAAUAUUUUGUCACCUGCUGCAAUCAUGUCAUCUUUUAUCUUUAUACACUCUUUUAUCUCUUUUUGGUUCUCCAGGCACAGACAGAGCACCCAGGGGACUCGGCACAUUCUCACAGGUGGACAUCUUUAGAGCUUGUGAAGGGCACAUACAGCACUGAUGAUUCUCCGAGUGACAUUGCAGAGAUCCGCUUGGACAAAGCUGUGCCACUUAAGGUACAUUUCCCCUCUAGGAAAUAAUACAUGCAUAUAAUUUACAGCUGAAAUUCAAACUUUAGAUGUAACAUAAUGUGGAUGAUUUUUAAGUGUAUGCUAGUUGUAGUUUGCCAUGCAUAUAAUCUCAUAAAUUCACUCAUGUUGUUCCAGGAGGGGGUGAAGUAUGCUGUUAGAUUGCGAAACUACGGCAGCAGGACAGCUAACGGAGACGGCGGUAUGACCACAGUGCAGUGCUCUGAUGGGGUUUCAUUCACAUUCAGCACCUGCAGUUUGAGUAGCAACGGGACAAACCAGACCAGAGGACAGAUCCCACAGAUUCUCUACUACAGGUAAACACAGAACAAGCAUCUGCGAUAACUCAUCUCUCAAAAUAUUUGGUCAGUAUUUGACUGGAGUUUGUCUUCUGGCUAAAGGAGUGAGUAUGAUGGGGAUCUACAGUCUCAGCUGCUAAGCAAAGCAAAUGAGGAGGACAAGAACUGUAGCAGAGCUCUAUCUGUGGUCAGUGCUGUGGUCAGAGCUGCAAAGGACCUGCUCCACAGAGCUUUUGCUGUCGAUGGUAAGAACCACAGACUUUGACAAGCAUUGUUACACGUCAAAGACCUUCCUAUUUUUAAUUUGGAUCUCAUCUCUGUUCUUUGUAUCUCUAGUGGAUGAUAUCCCUGAGCUGUUGAGUUCCUCUAGUCUGUUCUCUAUGCUCCUGCCUCUCAUACUGGCUUACAUCGGCCCUGUAGCUGCGUCUGUGCCCAAGGUAGGAGGUGAUCCAAGACUGCAAGGUUUUCUCAAAAUCCCUGAGACUGCAUCUUUUUGACUCAGAGGCUUCUCUCUCUCUUUUAAUUCCAGGCUGCUGUUGAGGUCUUUGGACUCGUUCAGGAGCUGCUGCCCGCUGUCUCAGCCCUCAACCAGAAAUACGCCCCUCCCACUUUUAACCCCAACCAGUCAACAGACAGCACAACUGGCAACCAGCCUGAGCAAGGCCUGUCUGCUUGUACCACCUCAAACCACUACUCGGUUAUCGAAAGUGACCACCCCUACAAACAAGCUUGCGUCACACAAUACAGGGUAAGGUCUCUUUUGACAUGUCCUCUACUCUGCAAAUACAUGUGAAAAACUGUGAUGAACCAAUCCUACUUCUCAUCUCGUCUCAGGUAUCGUUCCCGGACUGCGUUCGCUGGACUUCCAUUGAGUUUGAUCCACAGUGUGGCACCGCACAGCCAGAAGACGUCCUACGCCUCCUCAUCCCCAGCCGGACCCUCCACCUGUCCAGUUUAGGAGGCAAACCUUUGAUCCACGACACGAUCAACACCUGGACUGAGCUCAAGAAGUUCUCAGGCUCCACAGGCUGGCCAACCACUGUCCUGGUACUGCCUGGUAAGAGCAUUUAAGAGUGUGUCAAAAUCAUAAAAAGGAACUAAUUGUUCUUCACCAAAUGAUUUUAAACCAAAUCUCUUGUUAGAAAAAGUAAAGCUGUAGUCGCAGGAUGUUUAACUUCCUUGACACUUGAAUUUAUCAGCUCUUUAUUUAUUCGUAAUGCUGCUUCUGCCGUUCCAGAUGCUUGUCAGACUUGUCAGUGAACGCUGGAUUUAUUCAAAGCGUUCUUCUUUACUGCUUGUCCCACAGCUUUUAGCUGCUUAAUGAGGAUUAAAUGUUUGUCACCUUCAUUACAGCUCUUGGUGAGAAAUGGUGUAUAGUUUCCAAGCAACACAUUACCCUCAAUUUAGCCUUCUAAGCACAAGCCUUUCUUCUUACUAUGAGGAGCGCUCUUUAGUUCACAGUCUUGAGACGUUACAUAUCUUCAAAGGAGGAAAAUAGUCGACUAAACUGCAUUUGCUGUGGUGACACAGAAGAAGCAAGAAUCCAUGCUAAGCAAUGAAGGCAGACAAACACGUACUGUUGUAAUAUUUUCCUUGAAAUAUGUAGUUUGAUGAAGCAUAAUUGAAUGUUUAAGUAUUAUUUGGGGACUCAGUGGUAGUUCAUUGAUCUUUAUUGUGCCCAUAUGUGCUUUAAUCUUGUUAAUGAUGCUUUAUUGGAUCCCCUGCAGCAGGAGGCGGCUAUUAGCUUACCAGUGAUUACCUACAAAACCGUGCCCACCUUUACUCUCUUGUAAUCUUCUGUUUUUAUGUCCUCUCUCUCUCUCUUUAGGAAAUGAAGUUCUGUUUUCCCUGGAGACAGCCUCAGACUAUGUGAAAGAUGAAAAGGCUUGCUUUUAUGGCUUUAAGUGUGUGGCUGUAGGGUAUGAAUUUAACCCUGGACAUGAUGAGGUACAAACACUCCUGCAGCUCCUUCUGUUUUUUUUUUCUUUACAACAUUAAUAUGUGCAGUUGUCCAGGCAUAAAAAAUAAGUUUUAUCUGACUUAGAAAACCCUUUAUGGACAUUUCAGGGAACCAUCCUGCUUGAGAAGGAGUUGGCAUACCUGGGCAGCGUGUGUGCUGCAGCCCUGAUGAAGAAAGAUCUGGCCCUCCCUAUAGGUAAGGACAUGUCAGAUUUUGUUUGAUUUGAGUCAAGUUAGUAGAAACAAAGAUGACAUCCUGGUUGGGUGAUUAAAAUGUUAUUCUUAUCCUUUUUUAGGGAAUGAAUUAGAGGAGGAUCUAGAGAUUCUUGAGGAAGCCUCUCUUCAGGUGAGCCAUCUUUUAAAUUCAGAGAUAUCUUUGAAAAACAAGUUUUGUGGGUAGUAAUAAGGUAUUCUUAUUUUUCGAUCACUUUUUCCUACCUUGAUUCUCAUUUCUUUUGACAUCACACUCAGGUGUGUAAGGCCCACUCAGGAAUCCUGGGGAAAGGUCUGGCCCUGUCUCACUCCCCCACUAUCCUUGAGGCCCUGGAAGGAAAUCUGCCUCUGCACCUCCAAACCAAUGAGCACUCUUUCCUUGAGGAUUUCAUCACCUGCGUGCAGAAUUCAAGCGGAGGACGUCUGGCCAGGUAAAUGUUGGUGGAGGCAACUGAGACAUAUUUUAUUUUUGUUUGUGAUUUGCCUCUUGAAAGGUUGUCAUGAUUUUUUCCUCUCUUGUUUUUUAUUUUCUUCCAUCCAGGUGGCUGCAGCCUGACUCCUACGCAGACCCCCAGAAGACAUCUCUGAUCCUAAAUAAAGAUGACAUCCGCUGUGGCUGGCCGGCUACUGUCGUUGUUCAGACCAAAGACCAAUACGGAGAUGUGGUGCAUGUUCCCAACAUGAAGGUCAGGAUGACAGUGUUGUUUCCUUUUGCGUCCACUAAACAGAUAUUUCAUCAUACUCAUUGUAUCACACACCUCUGACUCAUGUUUCUGAUCUUGUGUUUAAAUGUCCAGGUGGAGGUGAAAGCUGUACCUGUCUCUCAGAAGAAGUCAAUGCAGCCUGAGAAUGUGAAGAAACUGCAGCGUUUACCUGGAAGCUCCUCUCCUUCAUCUUCUGGUCCUGACCUGACCUUCGGAGGUCUGCCGAUGCCCAAGCUGGAGGCCACCUAUGAGCCCAUGAUUGUGAAAGAGGCUCGAUACAUUGCAAUCACUAUGAUGAAGGUGGGUCCCAUGUGACAAUCUCAUAUCUCACUCACCAUUUUACAUAAGGGAAGAUGCAGAUGCUCCACAGGGGGGAGCUGUUCGGUCAUUGUUAGAUCUGAUGUAAACAAGGCCACUUGUGCCCUCCAGAGGAGAUACAGGUCUUUGCAUUUUAGGUUUGCUGAUGUAGACAUGUCAGUACAGCCAGUUACGAGAAUCUUCACGUCCUCGAUGUAUUCGGAAUAAUAAAAGCACACAAAAUACAACAGGUAAAACAACAUGGCAAAUUCAUGCGAAGUAAACAACAUAAUGAUCUCUGUUCACAGGUAAGGAGAUAAAUAUCAGCUCUGUGGAGCAUGAAGUUAUUUCUUUGUGGUUUAAUUAAAUGAUCUUAUUAAACUUCAUACUUUAACACCUUCAUACUUUAAGUGCAAACAUACCUGCACACUGACUCUUUCAUCUGUCUUAGGCAUAUGAAAACUACUCCUUUGAAGAGCUGCGCUUUGCGUCCCCCACCCCAAAGAGGUAAGUGAGCAAGUGCAAAAGAAGAGAAAAAACGCUUCAAGUCAGAUACAGUCCGCUGACUGAUUUUCUGCCUCACACAGACCCAGUGAGAACAUGCUGAUUCGUGCCAACACUGACGGAACCUACAGCGCCAACUGGACUCCAGGAGCUGUAGGCCUCUAUACAAUCCACGUCACCAUUGAUGGCAUUGAAAUAGGUUUGUCAAUUUGAGAAUAUUUUAGAAAAGCCUGUUUGUCCCCUUGAAGAUUCAUCCACAGGGAAUAGAAGCAUACACAAAUGACCAUCACCGACAUUGAAAACAUAACUUGAUGCUCCUUCAGAAUGGACUACGAGCUGUGAUGAUAUGUGAUGUUUCACACAGUUGAGCCAUGAAUUGGAUUCUCUUUCAGAUGCUGGUUUGGAGGUUGAAGUCAAAGACCCUCCCAAAGGCAUGAUCCCACCAGGCACACAGAUGGUUAAACCAAAGGCUGAACCUCAGCCCAGCAAGGUGAGUGUUUUCUUUUGACUAACCAGCAGGGGCAUGAAGAUGCGUUCGAACACAUGAAUAAGGCAUGCUCGCGUUCACCCUCAAAACACGUUUUAACUGAAACAACUUGUCUUGUUCACUAUCAACUAAAUUCUGACCUUCUUAGCUUCGUAAGCAAAAUAUUUAAUAAAACAAGAGCCUUCUUGUUACGCAGAACAUGUGCUGCUAUCGCCACUCUCACUGAGAAUCAACAGCUUGUUUUGCACCUCUGUGCUGCUUUUUAGUUUGCUGCCCAGACAAACAAAGUAAUAGCAAAAUUAUAGAGCAAUUAUUUGAGGUAAAGAUGAAUAUCCCAAAGCAGUUCGAUAAAAUCAGAGAUUGUAAAAAAAGGAAGAGUGAUAUCUGUAUUUUGGUAGGUUAAAACAGGAUGGUGAUACUUGGGCAUCUUUUUUUCCCAUUGAGUUAAAAAAAAAAAUCUCUAAAUGUGAAUUUUAGCUUUUUUCUUCUUCUCUGUACUCAGGUUGUAGUGUGUAUGUUUACAUACUGUCUACUGAAAAAAGUCCCAAAUUAACAGUGGACAUGUUGCAGUCAUCAUCAUUUUGUGAAACUUAUGGUAUCCAUGUUUUAUAAUCCAUAAUGGGGAAACAAGCAAAAGUAUCCUCCUUGUAUUUUCUAUUUUCUAAGCACCAUAUGAGCUUCACUACAUCUGGUCCUGCUGAAAAUAGAGCCCCUACAGUUUCCUCUUCUUUCGCUGUUUCCUUGUGUGUACUCGGAGCGGGCUUUGUGUGAAGAAAAGCUUGCUAUCUCCAACUGCCACUGAUCCUGCUUCCUCUUUUUCCUCCUGCUGCACCUCUCUUCCCUUUUGUUCCUUCUGACUAUUCUUUGCUCCUGCCGCUCACGGUCUUCAUCUCCCUUCUGCUUCUCUCAGGUCCGCAAAUUUGUGUCCAAGGACAGCGCAGGCCUGCGUGUGCGUAGUCACCCCUCCCUGCAGAGUGAACAGAUAGGCAUAGUGCAUGUCAAUGGCACCAUCACUUUCAUUGACGAGGUAAUUGACUUCAGACCAGGCAGAAUAAAACUUAUAUAUGUUUGGUAGUUGUAGCACUUUCCACUUCAUUCUGUUUUCUCUUCUAUUCUUCUUUAAAUCAGAAUUGUAAUCAAGUUUCUUGUUUGGAUAAGUAGCCUUAAGUACUCUUCUUUUUUUAAUGGCUUCCAUGAUUUAUGUGUUUUUAUCUCCCUUAAUUCUGGUAACUUUUUUCUUCAAAGCUUAUCAAUUUGUUGCUUUUAAUUUUGCUUCAUACUCUUGCAAAGCACUCUGGGGCUACACGAAAGCUGGAAUGUCUCCAGUCCAAACAAUAGAAAGUCCAAGGUGUUGCACAUAUUUACUACUUGGUUGAACUGUUAGGCAACACAUAUUUACACUACCUGCCAGUCCUGCACAACAUCCACACUUUGAUAACAGCACCGUGACAGUUAUUAUCAUCUUACUCAUUGACUGUGUACAAAGAUGGACCAGUCAUUCUUCUGACAUCAUUAGAAGCCAAGAUCUGAGCAAAAAUGAUCAUCUGGUAUUAGUAUCCCAUUUGUCCAGUCAACCAAAAAAACCGUCUUGCAUUUUAAAGAGGAUCCUCACAGUUAAAUAAACCAGCACCACAAGAGCAACAUUAGCAAACAGAUCUCUCAUGUCAUCAAUAACUCCUAAAAAGUACCGUAAAAUCCAAUGUAUCAGCUGCACUGAUUAAUAACAUGUGGUGUUUCCCUGAAUGUCCAAAAGAAGAAAAGGUUUAAGCUGUCAUCCUGUAAGACUUUUAAUGCUUUAAACACAGUUCACAAUGAGCAGUGUCUGUGCAACUGUGAUGCUUUUUCUAGUUCAAUCUCUUUGCUGUCCUACUUGCUACUAGUUCAGUGGUUGAGUUCAGUAGAGUGCACAAGCUUACGCCAGCAUUCGCCAUGGGAUGGCCACUGCCUGCAAUCAAUUCACCAAGACUCGAGUCCCUCCUCUUGUCAUUUGUCUCAUAAUUUGAGGAAUCCUCAAUUUUUUUUUCUACCUAAGAAAAGAAAAAAAGAUGCAAGAGCCAUCUUCGUCAUCCAGUACAUUUUUGACAGCCAAACCGUUGCUUGCUUCUUCAAGCACUGCCUCUUGGGAAAAGUUUUGCAAAGCAAUUAGAUGCAGCUCACAUUUUUGAUGUUAGAAUAGUUCUUAAAAAUGCAUCUUAGACUAAAAGUUUUAUGGUAAUCCCAUCAGGAAAUUAAAUGCUUUGUCAUAGAUCAACAUGAUACUAACUUUGACAUGAAUACAUAGAAAGUUUUAAGUUUGGUGAAGUUUGGCCCAUGUCCCAUCUGUUUACAUGGAGAGGGUGGAGCUUAUAACUUCAGCAGGUCAUCAAGUGUUUUCACUCUAAUGUUGUCCAUCUUUUUAUGCAGUCAGUGGUCUUACCCAAACCAAGUAGAAGUCCCCAUGAACAUUUUGUUCACUCCUUAAACUUUUAGACUUUCCUGUAGUCUCAGAUGUGCUGAAUGUGUGUGUGUGUACGAGGGUGCUGCCCAUCCUGUUCCCAUAGUAACAGGACGGCAUGGCUCUGCUCUGCCCUAUUGCUUGUUUUCCCAUAGAUCCACAAUGAUGAUGGUGUGUGGCUCAGGCUCAAUGAUGAAACAGUAAAGAAGUAUGUUCCCAGCAUGAAUGGGUACACUGAAGCCUGGUGCCUCUCUUUUAACCAGCACUUGGGCAGGAGCCUACUGGUCCCAGCCGACGUAAGUAGAAGAAGGCCUGCUGAGGGAGCGGUCUGUGUCAGUUGAAUUAUGACAGAGGCUCCUGUGCUGUUCAUUUGGGGAAAAAAACAGAGGUCAUAUUUGUUAAAUAAGUGUACUUCAAGGUCUCUAAUGUUUGGCGCCUAAUCCUCCAAUGUACUUAAAGCAUGGAAAACUGAGAACUGAAUCAGAAGAACAGUGUCGGGGUGUUCUCUUGCAUGAAACAACAACUUAAGCAGCACUGAGUAUGAGACUUUCACUAACACUCUGUGCACAGGAACAGCAGCUGGGAGCCUGCAUGCGUUUGUUCACAUUUGAAGGCAAAAAAAAAAUAACCAUAACAUGUUCAUUGUGUGUUUAGUUGGACACAACACUUGCAAAUGGUCACAUGCAGUAGGUAGUUUAUGUUUAGCGCAUUCAAGUAAACCCCAAUGCAGGAAUUGACAGACAAGAAUAUAAGGUAGUAAAGGAACAAUUUCAUCCUGUGGUGAAGUUGGUUACUCUACACUCUUCAGUCUUUUCCUCAUUGCCCCCUCACUCACAAUUUAAGAAACACUUGCGCACUAAAGCAUGUGAUUACAGGGUUUCCCCUCAUAUUUUGCUCCAUGCCACAAAAACCACCAGAGUGAAACACAAACAAACAAGGAGCGUGAUUUGGUGAAAAGGUGAAAUAUCUAAAGAUGAGAUGUUGUUUGGGUGGUUUUCUGUCAUGAAGCAAUCACUGGUCCACGAAAGGUUUCAAUAGGAAAUUGUACCUCUACUGCUCCACAAUUCCACCUUGCAUUGGGAUGUUAUAAUUGCUAGGUGGCUUCCAUGUAAGGUCUCUGUCUGAACAGCAUGACACACUACAUCAUCCAAGUGGGGAAUUUUUUUGGAAGUUUCGACUCUCUGUAUUUUAUUUGGUCGUGGAUUUGGAAACAAUAAUCCUGUGGUGUUUGGAGUGAACUGUCAAUUCUUUUUCCGCCCCCCUGCAAACGGGCUUUGUCUGUAUUCCUCAUGGCCUCCUGUCCUAUCAGUGCUUCACUGUUUCACUAUCUGGCCUACCUAACACCAGUCAGAGUCUGUCCUCUCUUCUUCACCUUCUCAAAUCACGUCCGAUGCUGGAAUUGACAGAGGAACCAAGCCCAAAAACAUUUAUUCUUCUUCCAAAAAAAUACACAAGCGUCUUCCCCCAUCCUGUUUUUCUCCUCUCUGGAGUCGUCUACUGUUUCCUGACUGUCUCACGAUCUGUUGCUCAGAAUGUCUUUAACGCUAGCCAAGGAGUCAGGGAUAACGGCUUUUUGUCAUGGACCCCCUUAACUAUAUUCCCGCCACAGGUGAGUUGUAUAAAGGAGGGAUACAUAGCUUGACUGCCCCAUAGCGAAUCAUCUGUCUGUUGCUUAAUUUGUCCUCUUGAACCCUCUGUGACGUCGUAGUCUCCCCACAGUGUUACAGUAAAAGGUUGAACCACAGUUGCAUGGUUGUCUGUUGCAGUGAUUUACAGUAUGUCAGCAACCACUCUCCCAUAGACUCUCUCAGUGGAACAUUUCAAGUAAUUACAGUUCAAGCUUGUAUGUUGCAUGGGGUUGAAGGUACUAAUGUUCAGCCUGUUGCAUGAGGUGUUUGACAGGCUUGUAAUAUAUAGUCCUGUAUCCUUGUGUUUCAUAGCAUGCCUUCUGCUAGACUGUAUGGAAAUAAGUGAACAUCCUUCUCAAUAGGAGUCAUUAAACCGCUUCACUACAGUGCUAACGGGAAUAUUGAGUUUAUUUGUGCUUUGUAUUUGGCUCCUGAAUUGUUGUUCUAAAGGUUUCUUAAAGUGCAUGUACACAAGAUGUGUGAAAUUAAGUUUGGAAUAUCACAUUCCUCUGUUAAGGAUGGUAGGAAUUGAGUUAUCCACAAAAUGUGCUGUAUAGUAGCCGUAUUUUGGGUUAUCAGUCUUAAAGACCAAUUUGGGGAAUGUACUUGUGUACUGUUUGCAGAGAGUGGGAUGAGAAGAAGAUUGAUACCAAUCCCAUAUCUUCCCAGUUAAAUAUUAGGACUGUGCACUUAUUAUUACAACAGUAUGCACAGUUAAAAUGUGUGAAAAGACUUAGCUAUCACAAGAAAUAAUAACAAUUCUUUCAUGUAAACCAUGAGUGCUCUCUCAUUCAGGAUGCAUGGUUAUACCAAGUGGAUGGAGGCCAUGCUUUCACAUCAUUUAGAGGCAGUCAGAUGAGGCUUAUGUUGGCUCUCAGAUUGGUCGGUGCCAAUUAAGUGUUUGAAAAUAAACUUUUUUUAAUUCAUUCUGGAUUCAGGAGGGACAUACUGCAAACACAUGUAGACAGCAGCUGUGAUUUUUAAGUUCACAUGCCCUAUUUAAUCUUUUUAUUAUUUAAUCAUACAGUGUUUUCCCUCAGUGCGUAUUUUUCUCAUAUCGUGCAUAAGGACUUUACGAAAGCGGCUACAUGUUCCUGUGGUAUUUGUUAAAGAAGAAUGUCUGGACACAGAAUCACAGCGUCUGUGGGUAAACUAUGUAAAUUGAUUUGACCCCUGUGGCUAAUGUCAGCAGAGCUAGCACUACCAGCCAUCACUGGGGUAAAUAAAUGCCUAUGCUUCUGCUGGUUAACAGACUCAGCCAAUGUACAACUUCAUCUCUACUUUCUGGAUCAAAAUACAGCCAACCUGUGUCGUACUACAAGAUGCCACCUGUGCUUGUUUACAGCUAGUUGUGGGUGGCUGUUCCAGCUUGGACACAACUCACGACAGGCAUUUGGGUUCUGUAUUGAUAAAAAUACAAAUAACUGUCCAAGAAAUGAGUAAUUCUGAUGCUGACUAGUGAGGAUGGUGACUUUUAAAUGUCAAGUUGACUAAUUCCCUAAUCCUGCCAGCUUUGCUAAUGUUAAGUAAUGUAAGCUAUACAGACUGUUUGUGGCCACAUACAGUUAAGAUUAAACAAAACCAUUAUAAUAUUUUGUGGAAAAACAUUGGAGUGGUAUCAAUCUUCUCAUCUCAUCCAUCAAUCUCUCUAAAAGACUGCAAGUGCUUGUUGUUGUUCGAGGCCUUAGUGGUCAAAUGUGCAGUUCCUCUUGUUUCAUAACUGCUUCAUAUAAGAAACUAACUGAGAUACAUCAUUAAAAAAAGACUGAAUAUUUGUCCUUCUUGUAAAAUACAUAAUUUUUAGAUCUGAAUUUUUAGUUGGCUCAAUUUGAUAUGCUCCUCAACAACGACUUUGUGCUUCACUGCCAGUAAUGAUUUCUCGACACAUUACUACAGGACCGGAAAGACAGUAACUUGUCCUGAUCUUUGACAUUUUUUACAGCCUGUUUUGUUCCUGUACUUUGGCUCUAAUCCAUACUCUCACCUCUUGCAGGAGGUCAGGGGCCAAUCGGAGGAGAACAUAAAGGAGGUGAGCAGCUGCCCUUCCCACGAGGCCCCCAUUCGGGUGCAGAGCAGGGCAGGGCAGGGCGGCGGCCCGGGGCUUUAUAAGGUAGUGAAGACCGGCCCCUCUGGUCACAACAUCAGAAGCUGCCCAAACCUUAGGGGUAUCCCCAUUGGAAUGUUAGUACUUGGCAACAAGGUCAAGGCCAUAGGCGAGGUACGCACUCACCCCAAAUAAUGAAAUGUUUUUUGUCUAAGUCAGUCUGUUAAGAUCACCUAAUGUACCAGAGCUAAUAUUGGAAGGUCCUGGGGUCAGAUCAAGAGCUCCCUCUUUGUUAAAAACUGCUCUGAUUUUGAAUGUAAAGAAUGUAAUCACUGCCUAAUGGAAAUACAUCAGGUGCUUUUGGGUGUGGGUGUGUGUUCUGUAUUUUUCCUCUCAUUGAGCUUUUACCGGCUCCUAUAGCUGCAACAUUUUCACGUGCUUCCUGACUUACUAAUUCCAGUUUGAUACAUCCAUUGCAUUUUUGAAGGUGUCAUGAUCAGCUGCCUUGAGACUUCUCAGUGGAAGUCUGAUCGCCAAAUGCUGGAGCCUCUCUGUGCCUUGACUGUAUCUUUCUUGCAUUUGUAACAAUUCUGUCAAUAACUUGGUACUUUCUAAAUCAUCUCUGGCCUGGUGUUGAGUGAAGCCUCCCCACUUUGGAUAUGAUCUGUCAGUGGCUGGUGUGGUGUGUCAUGCUGUUCAAUAGUUUUCUCUCUGAGCCUGUACUGGGAUGCCCUGCCUGGAUCUGAGAGGGGGUCAGCCUGCACAUACUAAUACUUCCGUCUAUGUCUUGUUUUCCCAAAAUGAUAUUUCAGGGAAUUGAGAACAAACAACCUCAUGCUUUUACCUUUAAAUAAGCCACCCCUGUAUUAGAGUAAGUCCUGAUUCUUGUAUGAGCUACAUCAGUUCUGUCCUGCAGUGCCCACUGAUACACAAAAUCAAAUAUAUGUAAUCUGCUGCUGUGGAUUUUGACUGCAUUAAUCAGAUAAAAUCACUGUUUGCAUGUUUGUGAUCUAAUGUGAAAGAUAUUGCCUCGUGAUUGUGUCUGUGCGGUAAUGAUAAUUCUGAUAACUUUGACUGUUUUUUAAUAGAUAACGGUUGGCAGGGUGUGCGAGUGUGGUGUGAGUGCAGAUAAAGAGCGUUGUUUGUGUAUCAGGUGGUGAACUCAGAGGGGACCUGGGUGCAGCUGGAUAAGAACAGUGUGGUGGAGUUCUGUGAAAGCGAUGAAGGCGAGGCCUGGUCUUUGGCCAGAGACCGCGGCGGGAAUCAGUACUUGCGUCACGAUGAUGGUAGGACAAGCUCAACAGGGAAAUAUCUUUGAACUUAGAAACUCAAUCAAUUGUAUGAUAACAUCAUUUAUUUUACUCUAGAACAAGCACUGCUUGAGCAUGGGGCUCAGACCCCGCCCCCCAGCCCCUUCUCUGUGCAGGCCUUCAACCGAGCAGCAACUUCAAAUGGAGCACAAGGCUUUGACUAUGGCAUCUCAAACAACAAAGGUAAGGUCCAAAUUAGGUUUGAGAGAUCCUUAAUGAGAACAUUGAAAAGAAAUAUCCUCUCUCUAUCACUUCCCUUCAACAUCUGCUUUGUUUUUUGCUGUUACUCAAAGUCUUCACUCUUUAGGAUCUAAUCAAAGAUUUUGAGUGAUAUUACAUGUUUUACAACUACUGGUAUAUGUCUGUAUAUUUAUACCACACUUCCAACUUCACUUUGCACCCUUGUCUUUAUGAUUCCCUGCUUUAUUUUUAGAUUCAUCUUAACCGACUCCUGCCCUUGCUUUGAGACUUAUCUAACAAGUAGCUUGACACAUUAUUUCAUUUCAUAAAUAGAAUUAUCUCAUUUUAGAAAUAGAACUGAAUCACCUUCUUUGGGUCUAUAUCACUGUAUUUUUUCUUCUUCUUAUGCAGGUACAAUAGCAAGUUUUUUUCUCUCAUAGUAAAACCAUGACAAAUUGAAAAUCCCUUCACAACAAAUCAAUCAGAGUCCACCCACAAGGUGUUUGUGAUCCAGGAUGGGUCAGUCAAUCAAGCCAUCAGUCACUCUUUUAUUUAUGCAUGCUUUUUAUGGUUUCUACUGUUAUUUCAUGCCUAACAUCUACUUGCAAUGUCAGGCAUUUGCCUUUGUGUGUGUGCAUGGGCCAGUCAAUGUGCUUUCAGUCAUUAUGAAUACUGUGGAUUGAAUUUAAAUGAGUAUAGUGGGCUAGUAAAACACCCAUGACCAUGAACAGAUGUCUGUUAUUUCGCUCUUUACCCUUCGUUGGCUUAAUUUAAUCUCUUACAGAACAUUCAAUCAUACACAUAAUCAUUAUUUUUCUUCAAGAUAUGGUUUAAUUCUGAAAAUCACUUCUGCCACACUAUCAGAGAUUGGCUGGCCCCAAAUUUGUCUGUGUAUCUUUCAGCUUGAAUGUCCUGCUGACACUGUGUCAAAUGUCCUUCAAAAAACUUACUUCUGCUUCAACACUUGAAAAAAGGAGGUUGUCUGGUUUGGACACGAACUUGCUCAGAAAAAGUCAUGCCUCGCUCUCCAGCAACUAAAGCUCUCUGGCUGUGACUAAAGGAUAGAAGCAAAUCCCAUUUUCAUACUUGGCUAAAUACCUAUCUCCACAUGGUCUCAGAACCCGUGUGUGUGGCUAUCUGCUCUUACCUCUGACAUGGAGAUGAAUUCAUACCUUUUAUAUCACGCCUUCUUUUUGGCAUCACCUCCUCCAAAGCCUCAUGUUGCAUUUUCUUUCACAAACCAAAUGUGCCUCGCUUGUUUUUAAUCUACACUUUUUUAAACCACCUAUUCAGUGGAACAGUCGUGCUUGAGGCAGCAACUUUCAGCGCCACUUUCAGCUGAGCCUGUGCUUGAGACGCUUGAGACGUUUAAACGAGUUGGUCAGCAGCCUCAUGACAGGUUUCUCAGGCUUCAAUAUGCAGCCGUGGUGGUUGAUUUUUUUCAGCUCAAAAACCACACAGUGAUUGGUUUUUGGGUCUGAUUGGAAAAACAGGAAGUUGGAAGACUUUUGAGUGAUGGUUGAUGCAGUGUCAGUGUCAACUUAGUGUAGGAGGAACGGACAUGUCCGAUUUCUGAUGUGGACACACGUCUUAUAAAAUUGAUACGUAAUAGGCAGAGACUCUUCUCCGCCCCCCCACCCCCUCUUUACAUUCUUGCCCAAAUACUGCAGAGUUGCUAAAUGGGAGGAACCUAUGGUCCAAGAAGUACAUCUAACUACUUCAGCUCAUGACCCAGUUCAUCAGUUGCAGAGACAUAAUAUUUUGUCUUGAAGGAAGAGAUCACAGUGUAAUUUCUGUUUCUGUGGAGUCUUGUUUUGUGUUUGUGUAGUAGAGUAGCACUGCACCCUCGAGCCACAGAUGACAUUGUGGAUACUAAUUUGUAUUUGCAAAGGACACCAAAACAAUAAGGCGUCUGUUUUUAUCAAACAUUGACACAGAAGUGAAGUAAGGAGCUGUUCCUUUGCCAACCCCUCUGGUGAAAUUCGUCAGUUUUCGCACUAGAAACACCGUUUAAAGUUCGAUAGUUGGGUGCUUCUCUUUUUUUUUGUUUGGAAGGAUUUACACUCGUCUUUACUUUAAGUUUAUCAGUCCAUCUGACUCAUUCUUCUCAGCCUACUGUCUAUCCUUCCAACCUGUCUUCACAGAAAGGAAGUUGCUGGCUAACUUCUUGGACUGUGUAGGCUAAUGUAGCUCCUCCCAUCUGGCACACGACCGAAUGACUGUUAGUCAAUAAACUCUGAAUGACCCUGACCCCCUUAAACCAUAGCACCAGCUGUAGUCUUUCCCCAUCCUCUGUCUCCAUGUUUGCAGGUGACCGGUUGAGUGCCAUACUGAAUUCCAUUCAGUCUGGGCCCUUCCUCUCAGCAGCUCCCUCUUCCUCCUCCGUAUUUGAGCAAGCCGCCCAACCUCCCUCCUCCUCCUCCCUUGUCCACAGCCCAUUUGUGUUUGGACAAUCCCCCUCCCAACUGUCUCAGCCACAACCACAGCUUCUGAGUAAGUCUGUCCUGCUUUCUGACAGUGCUUGCUUGCACAGGUGUUUUCCUUUCAGCUUUUUGUUUUACAUUCCUGUUUGUAUUUAGUCUUUUUUUUGUGUAUUUUCUUGGGAGUGCAGGAGUGACGUUUGACACAUAACAACGCAGUUAUGUAAAAUAUCUGCAAAUAUACCUAACAAGCCACGAUGUCUACUUUUAAUCGUUUGAAUCUUGUUCCUAAAGAGCAAAUCAAGUGAAACCGCCUUCUUACGCACUAACUGGCAGCUUCACUUAGUCUCAGAAACAAGGUGCAAACAUUAAUCCUAGACUCAACAUCUUGUUAAGGUUAUACCUAUGCCAUGCGCUGAAGUGAUAAGCUAAGCUGCUUAUUUUCUGCUUGCUCUUUUAAAAUCAGCAUUUCUUUGUUUUUCUCAUCAUCUUCUCUGCUGCUUUAUCUUCAGAUCUGCAUUUUUUUCAUCCUUGAUUAACAACUUGUGCCAUUUUCUGCCUCAACCAGCCAGUGCCAGUAGCCCAAAUAGUUGUUGGUGUUUCAGUCUAAGAAAUAUCAACUCUAUUAAAGGAACAAAUAAAAGGUGUUUUUUAGUUAGGUUGGAUUAAAUUUAGUACAAUCAUGAAAGAGACCAAGUUAGAACAGGAUUAAAAUAUAAAUCUGUAUGUUUGAAACUCCUCCAGCCUGUACAGCUCUCUUCUCUCCCUGUCAGUCUUGUUCUCUGUAUUCCCACUUACUCUCUAAUCUUUUGUUGUUGUUGUUGUUUUGUUUGUUGCUGUCGUUUCUUACAGAGCCUCGGAAAGUGUUUUCAACUUAAAAGGGCUAAUCUGUCCAUAAUUUUGUAGAAUCAACUCAUAAUUUUCCACAAAACAAAUGUGUAUAAUUUUUUUUGGUAUUAGACUCAUCCAGUUUGUACUUUUCCCCCUUGCUGCAGAUUUAAAUUUCUUGUCAUCCUUGUUGCAUGACAAGAAAUUUAAAUUCUAACUAACCAACUCGUCUAAAAAUAAGAAUACAUUCAGGAAACGUUAUUCAGUUAUUAAACCUGUGAUCACAGAGUUUGCAGGUAAACAACGUCAAAUCAGUUUGCUAACUGUGGCUAACAUUAGCAGAGCUAGCACCACCCGCCUUCAGUCCUUCUUGAAGGUAAACAUCCAUAUGCUUGUGCUGGUUAUGUAUCAGUCCAGUCGAGUUGUCAUAUGCCAGAUUAACCAGACUAUGGCUGUCAAAGUACCACAUUUUCACCUGACAAUAACACUAUUAUCACCUGAUUUCAAAAAAAGAAAAAUGAAGCAGUCCUAUCUGUUCACUUAGGGAAUGAGAGACAAAGGUGGAGCAAUACUUGACUUCAUAAACUUUCCUAAUAAACACUUUGAUAAACCCCAUUAACUGAUUGACGCAUCAUCAUCCAUGUCUGAUGACGACUGAAGUUGUUUUAUUUGUAUUACUCCAGUUUCACUAAAACACUCCGUCUUUUUAGGCGUGUGAUUUGCUGCAGGAGAGAGUUACCCAGUGACACGUCAGGCUUUAACUUAGCCAAGGGUGGCCGUCCUUAGAAAUAAGAGGCUUUUCUACUUUAAAUAUUGUUUGCCAAAUGAUUGUACUGCCUUCUACUUGAAGGGAGAGGGUGAAUGUAAUGAUUUGUAAUUGAGAGCGCAAACAGCACCUCCUUGGCUCUGAAAUCUCUCACUUUCCUUUGACUGGUCUUCUAUCCAUUUGUAGCCAUUUCUCUGUCGGUCCAUGACUCUACAUGUUCUCCUUUUUUCCUCUCUCUGUUUCACUUUCUUGACUCGACCUCCAUUGCCUCUCUGUGCUGACUGUCUUUCUCUCUGUGGCGGCCCUAUUGCAUUCCAUGCCUGGUUUGUUUACCUGCUCCACUGUUUUCCGCUGUAGAUGGUUCAUCUUCUCGCAGCCUUGCUUCUCGUGAGCGUGUGCACAAAAGCAGUGUGUCCGUGGCUGGGCAUGGCACUGCUCUCUCAUCUGUCACUCUCAGGCAAAAGGGUGGGUAAUCACAGCAUGCAUGCAUCCCCUCAGACUGAACAGAGGGUGGGAAGGAACUCAAGCACAACAAACACGUGUUUGUGAUUUUGUAUGUUUGCCGUUAUAGAGCUGUGGACUCUUCAAUAUCAAAACUGCAGGAGCAUAAUGAAAACAUGGCUUUUGGAUUAAAGUUUGAAAUUAAUCUUGGAUGAAUCUUGAAUCCUGUUGAGAGGGUUUCAACAGCUGCCAAACUUUAUUUUCAAACUUAGUUACAAGUUUAAAACACUUUGAACACUCAAGGCUGGAUCCAACAUCAGUAGCUGAGAUCCUGAGCCUGGUCUGGCAUCCAUUUGUCAUCAGCUCCUCCAUGAUCCUCCAGUUCUCUUCAUCUAUUUUCGAGUUAAUUCUCUACACUGAAAUAAACUGAAUGUCCAGAGUGAUUUAAAUGAGCUCAUUCAAGAAUAUAUCACUCACUAUUUUCUUUUGCGUUACAAGAUUUACCAUCUUUUCCAGACUUUCCUGUCUUUCUGCUUUUCAUUUUAUCUUGCUUUCUGUUCUUCUAACAUUACAUUUUUUUACACAAGUCUGAAUUUUUGUGCCUAGAGUUUUGUAGAAACAUGUUAACCACUCUUUUAGUUUAGUUCUCUUUCGUAGUGUACUCAUUUUUCAAUUAUUAACAUUCAGGCGAGCGAGGUAACCUGAUGCCAGGUGCACGGCCCAUGUCUCCAGCGUCCAAACACCGCCAGGAGAAUCGCUCGCCCAAACAAGAGAGCCGAGGAAGCCGCACAUCUGAGCAGGGGAGAGUCAAGAUAGGGGAAGGUGGACUCUCUGCCAGUGAAGCUCUCAUCCUGCGCUCAGACACUGGCAAACUGAGAUCGGACUCCCACAGCCGCUCUCACUCGCCCAAUCACAACACUCUGCAGGCCCUAAAGGCAGACGGGAGAACCUCUGGACUCCGUGCUGAGUCUCCAAACCCUGGCUCACGCUCCUCCUCUCCCAAACAAAAGAGUGUUUCCUCCUCAGGCAGGUCCAGUCCCUCCAGUACCUCUUCCCAGCACUCCUCCUCAACUCUCCAUGACAAGAACCUGCCGCCUAAAGUCAGCCCCUCUUCCAAAGCCCGGCUGGACCCUCCCAGAGAGAGGUCCAAGUCAGAUUCAUACACUCUGGAUCCAGACACACUAAGAAAAAAGAAGGUCCCACUGACAGAGCCGCUCAGGGGCAGGUCUACUUCUCCAAAACCUAAACUGUCUCCCAAAGAUCCAAACAAAGGAAUCACCAAUAACGCUGAGAACCGUGUUCCUUCUCCACAUGUGACCCAAGAGAAUCUGCACAGUGAGGUGGUGGAGGUGUGCACUUCGAGUGCGCUUCUCUCCAACGAGGAGGGCAAUGACGAGAACGUGGAGGUCCGUAAUGCUGAAGAAGGAUCAUGCAAGGUGCACUUUAGCAUCGGCAAAGCCCCCGUCAAAGAGGAACUAGAGAGCCGCUCCUCCCCUAAGGUCAGCAGGAAAACCUCCAGUCGACACACACGCCCUAAAAAAGACAAAUCCGGGCCUCUGUUUAAAGGCGAGAGCACAUCAAGGGUCACAGAGCCAGCCAAACAGGCCAUGUCGCCCUCUGUGGCCGAAUGCGCGCGAGCCGUCUUUGCAGCAUUCCUGUGGCAUGAAGGCAUCGUCCAUGAUGCAAUGGCCUGCUCCUCUUUCCUGAAGUUCAACCCAGACUUAACCAAAGAGCACGCCCCAAUCCGCAGCUCGCUGGGAGGACAGGGUGCAGAAGAGAAGGAGAGCAAGUUAAAGAACCGCCACUCCUUGGAGAUCUCCUCCGCGCUUAACAUGUUCAACAUCGCCCCACACGGUCCAGACAUCUCCAAAAUGGGAAGCAUCAACAAAAACAAGGUGCUGUCCAUGCUGAAGGAACCUCCACUGCCAGAGAAGUGCGAGGACGGGAAAGGAGACGCCAUUUCCUAUGAGAUGACUUCUCAUCCCUCCAUGAGGUCUAAGUCAAUCCUGCCACUGACUUUACAACACCUGGUGGCGUUCUGGGAGGAUAUUUCCAUGGCCACAAUCAAGGCGGCCACUCAGAACAUGAUCUUCCCCAGCCCGGGCUCCAGCGCGAUCCUGAAAAAGAAGGAGCACGAGAAAGACAGCAAAAAGGCGAAGAAGGAGAAGAAGAAAAGGGAGAAGGCAGAAGUGCGCCCACGGGGGAAUCUGUUCGGAGAGAUGGCACAACUCGCCAUGGGCGGACCAGAGAAAGACACAAUCUGUGAGCUGUGUGGGGAGUCUCACCCUUAUCCUGUCACCUACCACAUGAGACAGGCUCACCCAGGUGAGAAGAGAAAAACUUUUUGUUUAACUCUGACAGAUUGUGUUCAAUUUAAAUUAACUUUGUUACUGUAACACCGUCUUUUGUAUUCCUGUUGCAGGUUGUGGUCGCUAUGCUGGAGGCCAGGGUUACAACAGUAUCGGACACUUCUGUGGUGGCUGGGCUGGAAACUGUGGAGAUGGAGGCAUCGGAGGCAGCACCUGGUACCUGGUGUGUGAUCGCUGCCGGGAAAAAUACCUGAGAGAGAAACAGACUGCAGCCAGGGAGAAGGUAACAUGCUGCUUGUGUUUACAGCUUCACAUGAUGUUCCUCUCACAUGAAAGAGUUCUUUUUCAUCAGGAUUUGUUUUUUGUUUUCAAGGUGAAACAAUCCAGAAAGAAGCCCCUGCAGGUCAAGACUCCAAGAGCUCUGCCCACAAUGGAGGCCCACCAGGUGAUUCGAGCGAAUGCUCUGUUCCUGCUCUCCCUCAGCAGUGCUGCAGAGCCCAGCAUGCUGUGCCACCACCCUCCACGGCCCUUACACUCCCAGCUGCUUCCCAGUCUCAAAGAGGGCGUGUCGGACGAAAUCCCCAACAAAAUGGGCUGCCUUUACCUUCAGACACUUGCAAGGUAUCUAACAACUGGGUGAAUAAUAACAGAGUGUCUUUUACAGAAAACAACACUCUGAAUCAUUUAAAUCUUUCUCUCAUCCCGCAGGCAACACACUGAGAAUUUUGGAGCCUACCAGGAUGAAAACCUCUUUCAGGAUGAGAUGAGGUAUUUGCGCUCAACAUCUGUUCCUGCACCGUACAUUUCAGUGACCCCCGAUGCCUGUCCCAAUGUGUUUGAGGAACCGGAGAGCAACAUGAAAUCAAUGCCUCCUAGGUAAUAAUUCUUAGUACUAUGAUUAAAAAAAACUUUCAUUCUUCCAAAGAUGGAAAAAUUUACCUCAGAUUAAGUUUUUGAGUCCAUAAAAGAUCAGGCUGCAAAUGCAUGCCCUUUUUUCUACACAUGUCAGUACCAGAGCAGUUACAUUGCUUUUACAUACAGAUAUCUUCCUCAAUUCAAACUCCCACUCUGUCCUGUGCGCCCUCCGUCACAGCUUUAAUUGUUAUUCCUUGUUAUUGCAGCUCCCUCAACUGAUGAAAUACAACAUAGCCAAGCUGCUCCAUUCUCCUUUGAGCGCAGAUUAAGUUGUUUUUGUUAAAAAAUAAGUGAAUUAAGUGUGGCGUGAAAUUAGUUUUCUUGGCUCUUGACUAUAUUGUCUUUGCUGUUUAAAAAGUUUCUCUCAGCAGCUCCUUCGCAUCAACAUGAAUUCAAGCCAUUGUUGAUUCUUUAAAUGUAUAUCUUUCUGGGGAUUUGCUACUGCUCUGGAGGUUUUAUGCCAUCGCGUUACAGCGCUAAACAAUAAGAGUCUGGUUUUGCAUUUACUGGCUGUCUUUCAGCCUGGAAACCAGUCCAAUCACGGACAGCGACACUGCCAAGCGGACAGUGUUCCAGAGGUCUUACUCGGUGGUCGCGUCAGAGUACGACAAGCAGCACUCGCCUUCACCAGCCAGGGUCAAAGCUGUUCCCAGACGCAGGGUCCACAGUGGUGAUGCAGGUAAUGACAUAUCAUGAUAGUGAAGAGAUACUUCACCAGAAAAGUGAGAUCCCCGUGUGCAACUUUAACCUGCUUUGUUUUCCAUACAGAGGUGGGAUCUUCUCUGUUACGGCACCCGUCUCCUGAGCUCUCCAGGCUGAUCUCAGCUCAUGGCUCCCUCAGUAAAGGGGAGAGGAACUUCCAGUGGCCUGUUCUCGCUUUUGUUAUCCAGCACCAUGACCUCGAGGGCCUUGAGGUGGCCAUGAGACAUGCACUGAGAAAGUCGGCCUGCAGGGUGUUUGCUAUGGAGGUAUUUAUAUGUCUUUCAAUCUCAGAUCUGUCUUGUUACUAUUUGCACAGUGAUUAUCUGGCUGGGUGUUGUCUGCCAGUCGGUUAAUUAUGUGUGCACAACUAAUGCGCCAACCCUGACCUCUAGUAAUGUUUAUAAUGAGGAGAGUAACUUGAUAUUUUUUUGUCUCUGUCAGGCAUUCAACUGGCUUCUAUGCAAUGUGAUCCAGACCACAUCCCUGCACGACAUCCUUUGGCAUUUUGUAGCAUCUCUCACUCCGUCACCCUGCGAACCUGAGGAUGAGGAAGAAGAUGAGAACAAGGGGAACAAAGAAGUUGUAGAACAGGUACUGAGCGGUUUAGCUUCACAAAGCAUGAGGCCUCACUUCUGUUCGGUCUGUAGUUCUUCUAAUAAUGAAAGAUUGAUUCCCCCUCUUUAUCGCACAGGAGAGGGACCUCGGUGUUUGUGAACAUCCUCUAUCAGACAUCGUUAUCGCCGGGGAGGCUGCUCAUCCUCUGCCCCACACCUUCCACCGCCUCCUUCAGACCAUCUCUGACCUCAUGAUGUCACUUCCUAGUGGGAGCUCACUUCAGCAGAUGGCGCUCAGGUAAAACUGAUGAAUGAGUGAACAGUAACACUAAUCCACUGUGAACAACUUCAGGUGGAUCGAUUUCACAUUAUAGAAAUGCAAACUCACUAUGGGAGUAGUUAUGAAUUUAAAUGAGACUCAAUUCAAAGUGAAUAUAGAAAAUGAGUCAUCAGGGUUCCUACACAGUUGGAAUUUCUGUACUUUUCCAUACCCUACUUUUUAGAAUUAUUUUCGGAAAUAUCUACUUUUCUAUUUUAGUAUUUCAGAACUGUGGUAAUAGUCUGGAAACAUAAAUAUUUUCCAUACUUUUUUAAUUUUCCAUACUUUUUAAGACCUGAAAAUUGAUUAAAUUUAUUUCCAUACUUUCCAUAUUUGCAUAGGAACCCUGAGUCAUGAGAAUCUGUUCACUAUCUAGUGAUGCAAUGAGUCAAAAGUCAACAAGCAAUACUGUUUGAUAUUAUCACUGCCUUUAACUGUGAGAAUCAUCAUCUCUGAUUUGGUAUUCAGGUGCUGGAGUCUGAAGUUCAAACAGUCCGACCACCAGUUCCUCCACCAGAGCAACGUUUUCCACCACAUCAACAACAUCUUGUCCAAGUCAGACGAUGGAGACAGUGAGGAGAGCUUCAACAUCAGCGUGCAGUCAGGCUACGAAGCAAUGAGCCAGGCAAGAAAACUUCCUCUGACUAACUCAAACAAACAUCAGAGACAUUAUUUCUCAAUCCACACAAAUCAAAAUGUAGCUGACAUAAUUGUGUGUGAUUACAGGAUCUCUGCUUAGUGACCUGCCUGAAAGAUCUGACCAGCGUGGUGGACAUCAAGACGUCCAGUCGUCCCGCUAUGAUUGGCAGCCUCACAGACGGCUCCACUGAGACCUUCUGGGAAUCUGGAGAUGAAGACAAGAACAAAACAAAGAGCAUCACCAUCAGCUGUGUGAAAGGAAUCAACGCCUCCAGUGUGUCUGUGCAUGUGGACAACUCAAGGGACAUUGGGGUAAGGGGGGUGCCUCAGGGCUUUACCGUCAUUUUUAGUGUUUUUGUACAAAAUUUUGGAUUCAUGUUAAGUUAGUAUUUCUUUGACAUUAUUUGUCCUCUGUUAAAUUCACAGAAUAAAGUCACAUCAGUGACUUUCCUGUGUGGGAAAGCAAUCGAGGACCUCUGCAGAAUCAAACAGGUACGGUAGUUUAACCAAUAAAACUGAUGAAGUUGAUUUUAAAGGAGUUUUUGAUGUAAUAAAAAAGACUGAAGUUCAUACUGACACUUCUCAUGGUAAACAAAAGCAAAGGAGACCAUCAGUCGGUUUAUUUCUAAUGCUGAAACUGGUGUGAGAGGGUAGGUGUCAGUGGAGUAGCUAAAGAAACAGCACUGUUUUUACAAUUUUCACACUUAGAUAUUCACAAUAUCCACUAUGAGCAUCAGAGGUCAGCAGGAUAUUUUUUUGUCUGUCUCAUCAGCAUUUAGAGGAUAAGAUAAGCAAAGACUGCUUAGUCCACAGAUGGUGACAAACUUGACACAAACAGAAAGUUUGUCACAGGAGCUUCGGGUGAACUGUGUUGAAGUCAAAUAUGUUUAUUGAGAAGAGUUGAGUGAAAUCCAAUUUGUGAACCUUCCCCACCUUUCCCUGGGGUGUAGGGUUUUACCGUCACUAAUUAAAAUCAUGCUGCAAGGCUUCAGAGGAGACGCCUAAAUUAUCGAUUUCUAAAAUUGGCGUGCUGUCAAUGUAAUGAUGAAACAAUAACAACAAAAUUAAGUACAUUGAAGUUCUCAAAACACACUGAUUACUUUUUGAAUAACUUAAGAAUAACUUCUGAAAGAAAGGGCAAAUGAGAGGGUGAGAGAGCUCAGAUGCACAUCUGUCUGCGUGUUUCUGGGUUUAUUAGGGAAGUGGGUGAAGAACAUUGAUGACUGGAGUCUCUUUUAAAAGAGUGAUGCUGACUUUUAUAGACGUCUCCAACUGUGGUUAUGGAUUUUCAAAAGAUGUGCUUGGGAUUGCAUGUGGCUCUCUUUUCUUUUUGACUGAAAACUCACCCACAGAAGGGAGCCAGAUAAACACUAUUUAACUCAGCACUUCUUUUUCAUAUGCACAGCAGUUUUUUGAAGGUACUGAAACUGAUAGUGUGACAGUGUUGCUGCGUAAGCUCAAUAUUAAGUUUAAUCAAAUCUUCUUCUCUUACAUCCAAGUCAUUUUCAGUCUCUAUGUUGUCUUCUCUCGUUAAGAGCUCUGCAUAUUGUCGAUUUUCCCUGUUUCUUCUCUGAAUCAUUUUGAGUCUUUUUAAUAUACGAGAAGACAGUGUAAAUUAGAGGGCUGCUUUUGCAAGGUUAGCAGAUCUGACUCAGCAGUUUACACGCACAUGUGGCAGAAUACUGAGAAUACCCUUUUUUUAUCCAAGGUUGACCUUGAUUCACGUCACAUGGGCUGGGUGACCAGUGAGCUUCCUGGAGGGGAUCAUCAUGUGAUCAAAGUGGAAUUAAAGGGUCCAGAAAACACUCUGAGGGUACGCCAGGUGAAGGUCCUCGGCUGGAAAGAGGGGGAGAGCAUCAAGAUUCUCGGGCAGAUCUCAGCCAGCAUGGCCCAGCAGAAGAACUGUGAGGCAGAGACUCUCCGAGUGUUUCGCCUCAUCACUUCACAGGUUCCUUUUAUUCAUAUCCUUUAACCUUGUAGUACUCUUUGUAGGAUACUUGUAUGUUUUCCAAUUUUAAGUCCUAGUUUACUGACUUCUUGUGAACUUCUAGGUCUUUGGAAAACUUAUCUGUGGAGAUGCGGAGCCGACUCCAGAGCAGGAGGAGAAAAAUCUGCUUUCAUCACCUGAGGGAGAGGACAAGGUCUGCAAUUUGACAACCUGACAAAUAAGCCAAAUAUGAAAUGAUCUUUAACCUAAUCUUUCCCUCUUUGUAUGUUUCUUUUUUUUGACAGGCGCCAUCUGAUGCAGACCUCAAAGAGCACAUGGUGGGAAUCAUUUUCAGCAGAAGCAAACUGACCAACCUCCAAAAACAGGUAAGCAUUAAGCCCCUCAGUCCAUUUUGCAGGGUUAAGUCUUACGCUCCCAUCCCUUCAACUUGCUUGUUUUUUGGUUCCAGGUGUGUGCUCACAUCGUCCAGGCAAUCCGCAUGGAGGCUACACGGGUGAGGGAGGAGUGGGAGCACGCCAUCUCCAGCAAAGAGAACGCAAACUCCCAGCCCAGCGACGACGACGCCUCCUCAGACGCCUACUGCUUCGAGCUUCUCUCCAUGGUUCUGGCUCUGAGCGGCUCCAACGUGGGCCGCCAGUACCUCGCUCAGCAGCUCACGCUUAUGCAAGACCUGUUUUCGCUUCUGCACACGGCUUCCCCGAGAGUACAGAGACAGGUGGGCGAAGGAGGCACACGCACAACACAGAAUCUGUUUGGAGUUGACUGCAGAAGUCUCCUGCAAACAAAACAAUGAUUAGACACAAGAACCAUUUCUCAACAAAAUAAAGCUGUUUGCUCUAUUGUGGGAAGAGGAGUUCCCUUUGACUUCUAUAAGAACUUGAUAGUUGACAUCUAUGUGAUACUGCUCUAUAGUAGAUGAUGACAUAUGUUGUUGACAUCUCUGAAUAACAAAGAUAUCCAUGUAAAUGAUGCCUAGUUUGUCAUGUGAGUGUUUUCCAUGGUCGCUUUUUCAUUCAUCGUCUUUUCACACAUGCAGUGAUAUUUAAAAUCAAUACAUACAAACUUUUAAAAUUAUAUCUACUGUUUUUUAUUAAAUAGAUAGAAUAGAAUAUCGAAUCGUUUUUGAAGUCCGUUUUUGGUCGUUCAUUCUGGUUUUCUCACCUCCUUUCAGGUCACAUCUUUGCUCAGACGAGUCCUCCCCGAGGUCACGCCAGUGCGUCUCGCCAGCAUCAUCGGAGUCAAGGCCCUCCCACCAGCAGACAUCAGCGACAUCAUCCACUCCACAGAAAAGGGCGACUGGAACAAACUCUGCAUCCUGGACAUGUUCUUGGGCUGCAUCGCCAAAGCCCUCACCGUGCAGCUUAAAGCCAAAGGCACCACCAUCUCUGGCACGGCCGGCAUGACUGCAGGAAAAGGAGUCACAACUGUCACUCUGCCCAUGAUCUUUAACUCCAGGUGAGCCAUAUAUUGUAGAUAUGAAGAGAUUUUCAAAGAUUAAACAUAAGUGUUGUUUGAUUUGUUGACAUACUUCACUCUGAUUCUUAGCUACAUUCGCAGAGGUGAAAGCCACUGGUGGAUGAAAGGCUCUACUCCUCCUCAGAUAGCAGAGAUCAUCAUAAAGCUAGUGAAAGACAUGGCAGCUGUAAGUUUCCGUCUUUCUUUAGAAACCUUUACAAGCUGAAUUAGACAUGAAACCAAAUUUGCCUUUACUUGAAAAAGUACCCAAGAGAUUUGUUUUGGCUGUUUUUCAGGGUCACCUUUCAGAUGCUUGGUCUAGAGUCACCAAAAACGCCAUUGCUGAGACGAUCAUAGCCCUGACCAAAAUGGAGGAGGAGCAUCGGUCUCCCGUCCGCUGUAUCGCUACCACUAGGGUAAGAUGUCAGACAGCGUCAAUCACAAUGACUUUAGAGGUGCUGGUAAUCAGUUAGCAUUAAAUCUGUCUCUGUUUUUUUAGCUGUGGCUGGCCCUCGCCUCCUUGUGCGUGCUGGAUCAGGACCAUGUCGACAGGCUGUCCUCUGGUCGCUGGAUGGGCAAAGAUGGACAGCAAAAGCAGAUGGUGAGAGCAGUUGAAAAGAAGAGAUAUCCACAGUUUGAUACAAAUUGUAAAUAAACACGACUAACAAAUAUUUUCACCCUCAGCCCAUGUGUGACAACCACGACGACGGCGAGACAGCAGCCAUCAUCUUGUGUAACAUGUGCGGUAACCUCUGCACAGACUGCGACCGCUUCCUCCACCUGCACCGACGCACACGCUCCCACCAGCGACAGGUUAGUCUUGGUUGACGUAGCAUCUUCUCUCAUGACUUUCCCUCCAAUAAUAUGUUGUGAUUUAUAAACUUCAAAUGAGGUGAAAUUUGUAGACUUGAAAUUGUGCGUUAUUGGCUGUUUUCAGGUGUUUAAAGAAGAAGAGGAGGCCAUAAAGGUUGAUCUCCAUGAAGGCUGCGGGAGGACUAAGCUCUUCUGGCUCAUGGCUCUGGCAGAUUCUAAGACGAUGAAGGCCAUGGUGGAGUUCAGAGAGCACACAGGUAACAAAUCACGCUCCAUGUUUAAUUAAAAGGAACUUUGUCACAACCUUAAGCAAAGUCUUGAAUCGCACUUACUUCAAAGUCAGUGUCAUGACUCUCUUCCAUGCAUGCUGACUCUACUCCAUUAUUCUAUCAGGUAAACCAGCAUCCAGCAGCUCAGACGCCUGCAGGUUCUGUGGUACGAGGAAUGGAACUGAGCUCUCUGCAGUGGGCAGCGUCUGCUCAGACCCAGACUGUCAGGUACUUAAGAUAACCAUUAAACACAUUAUCAGUCAUUACGUCUGUCAAGUUUAUAAGGAGAAAAGCUUUUCUCAUUGGCUCCUGGAAGUGUAAACAUUAUAUCUGUGACGAUAUUUUGGUUAGUUUGGACGUUGCAGUCCACUAGGUAAGAUGAACCUCACAUCAAGUCACAGCUUAACUAGUUUAAGUGUGUGGUUUAGUGUGGACUUGACACUCCUUACUAGAUUCUUCCAAAAGAACUAGUUUGUGGAGCGCAUCUUAGUUAAAGUUACGUACUUCAGAGUCAAGUUAAUAACUACACAAGAUACAUACUGAGCGAUCUGAAGUGGCAUAGUUAAGUUUGUGUUGUACAAGUUUUGAACUCACUAACUGUUGUCAAUCCCUCUCAUGAUUCCUGCUGUAGGAGUACGCCAAACUUGCCUGCAGUAAAACUCAUCCCUGUGGACACCCCUGUGGAGGAGUGAAGAACGAGGAGACCUGCCUCCCGUGUCUGCACGGCUGUGACAAAAACACCGGCUGUCUGAAACAGGAUGCAGAUGACAUGUGCAUGAUCUGCUUCACCGAGGCUCUCUCUGCUGCUCCUGCAGUCCAGGUUACUAUAAAUACAAGUGUUUGCGUUUCAUUAGCCGGAAGACUUCUCAUCUGUUUCCUCUUUUAAUGUUGUGACUCUGUCUCUGUUCUCAGCUGGACUGCACUCAUGUGUUCCACCUUCAGUGUACUCGUCGGGUGCUUGAAAACCGCUGGCUCGGGCCCAGAAUUACAUUUGGGUUCAUGUUGUGUCCCAUUUGUAAGGUAAGCUGUUACCUGAGCCGCUCUGACCAAAGUGACCGAGAGACAACAAAGAGAUUCAAAUCUUUUCCACCACUCCCCGAAGUUGAUUGAGAUCAGUUUGCAGAAGCUCAGCCAGCUGAGACGUUUUCUGGAUGCUUUGUUCAUGCUCAUUUCUGUGACGUUCGUUUGACACGCACACAGUCAAACUCAGCAGAUCUACCUUCUUGUGUUAAAGACAGGCGGUUUCUUUUAUUAUUUUCCUACAGAACAAAAUCAAUCAUUCGGUGAUCAAGGACCUGCUGGACCCCAUCAAGGACCUGUAUGAGGAUGUGAGGAGAAAGGCUCUGAUGAGGCUGGAGUAUGAAGGUCUGCACAAGAGUGAGGCGAUCACUACUCCAGGCGCACGUUUCCAUAACGACCCUGCAGGCUUUGCCAUGAACAGAUAUGCAUACUAUGUUUGCUACAAGUGCAAGAAGGUACAGUAACAAAUUGAGGUUGUUCGUGAAAUGGAGUGGUGUUCAGGUGCUCAGAGGUAAUGCCCUCUCUUGUUUUUAGGCUUACUUUGGGGGAGAGGCUCGCUGUGAUGCUGAGGCAGGACAGGGAGAUGACUACGACCCCAGUGAGCUGAUCUGUGGAGCAUGCUCAGAUGUCUCGAGGGCACAGGUGGGUGAAGGAUGUCUGAAAAGGUCUGGGCUUUACUGUGGAAACUUUAAAGAAAGUUUUUACAUGUUUGAACUUUGUUGCUGCAGGUUGAAAUGAAAGAUUGAAGGAUUGACGUCACUCUUUGAAUACCCAUACUUAGAUUUUUAUAUUAACUUCUGCUUUAAUGUCAAUACGACUCAGACUGCUUUGAAUGAACUAGUACUGAUUUCUGUUCCAGAAAGAAAAAAACUUAUUACACACUUUUUUUUGUCUGUUCCUUUUGUGAAAGCUACUCCUCUGUGCAAAAAUAGAAAUCCAACACCUCCUUUCGCCCUUGUUUUUGUUCCACCAGAUGUGCUCUAAGCAUGGCACAGAUUUCCUGGAGUAUAAAUGCCGGUACUGCUGUUCUGUGGCUGUUUUCUUCUGCUUUGGCACCACACACUUCUGUAACGCCUGCCAUGAUGACUUCCAGAGGAUGACCAGCGUCCCGAAGGAGGAACUGCCCCAUUGUCCUGCAGGUACUUAAUGAUUAUGUUGACCGUUCACUCUGGAAAAUGUGAAAUCACACACACAGUGCGCAUCUCUUCCUGAACAAACCACUUUAGUGAGAUGUUAUCCUUUUUUUUACUACCACAGGGCCCAAAGGCAAGCAGCUGGAGGGAACUGAGUGCCCUCUGCAUGUGGUUCACCCGCCAACAGGGGAGGAGUUUGCACUGGGCUGCGGAGUGUGCAGAAACGCCCACACCUUCUAAACGAAACAAAGACUUUAACUGAAAACCAGUUUGUCUACUGUGAUUUCUGGCUGCAGCUGAAGCUCGGCCGUGAAGCUUGGCUCUUGCAUUCGUCAAGUUUCCUGGACACUGGACCGGGUUUCUGCUCUCACGCCAAGAGUCCUCAGGUCUGCUCUUCUACCAACAUCAGUAUCCAGGCUGUGGCGAACACGAGCUGUGGCUCCUUAUGGACGCAGAGUGACCUGAACGGAAAAAAAAGAACAAUAGAAAUUUAAAAAGAUGAAAAAAGAAAAUAACUUGUGACGUGUUUGCAUGCGGCCGUUGUAUUCCCUCGGCUUCUAUAGACGUUGCACACCUCCUGAUCACUGAAGUGUAACUUUGAAUAUGAAAUAAAUUUGCUCUAAGGCAAACAUGGAUCAGUGGGUUUAAAAAAAAAAAAGGAACAGGCCGUAUUUCCAGCUUCCUAACUAUAAAUUUAAAAUAUUGUUGUAUGUAAACUUUUUUCGUAAUCUUGUACAGUAUUCUCCACUGUCAAGUGCAUCGUGGGUUGACGGACAAAAAAAAGAUAAGUCGAUGAAUAAGACUGUUAAGAAUAUUAUGUUUGGGAGGAAAAUAGUGUACGAUUUAUCUAAUCUUGUAUAUAAUGAUACUAUUCAAAAAUAGCUGUAUUCCGAAGUUGCUACUCUCACUUCAGUUUUGUUUGAUAUUCUGGGUUAUGUUUUGAGCCAGAACUUUUAAUGAAGUGCAAUACUGGGUGUGCCUCCUAUUUUGCAGCUGUUUAACCUAUGGAAUGUAUGUCAAUAAAGCCACUGUACAUUUUUAUACAGUAGACAGUCGUGAUUCCCCCUCUUCUAAAUGUCAGAUCUCUUCUGUUGUCUGGAAAUGAGAAGGAGGAGCCUGGCGCCUGCAGUGAAUGAAGGUGGAUGUAAAUCCUGUUAGCAGCUCUGUCAAGAUAAAAUGUACCAAAAUCUACAGUUACACAAAAACAAACAAACAAAAGACCUCACAGUGGGACUGAUUACAGCUGAAUGAUUGGAAGGGGGCCAGUCUUCACACCAAAUAAAAUUUGUGCACCUGUAAUGCUUUUCCCUUGUAGGAGGCAGGGGGCGGGGGGGUCAGGGAAACAGAGUGUUGAAAAAACAGCUGCUGUUAUAUAAAAAAGCUUAAUACUUGUGAAUCUGCUCUGUAAUAUCUGUGGUGGAUGGAGUUGAAUGGUAAUAAACCAGGUUCUCUGUUUCGCAAAGUA